UAGUCCAAGUGCUUGGAGCACGUUUGAGUGACCAUGGAGUGCGUUUGCUGUCAUGUAGUUGAGCGUUAACACGGCGUGAAUAUUAGGAGAGCGGGGACUUAAGCGAGGGUACGAGGAGCCACAGUCGAGCCAUGGCUGCACGGGAAGAAGGAGAGGUUUUGCACAGUAAAACAAGGCACCACCACGACGGAGCUGGAAGUGUAAACAGCUCAGAGGGCUUCAGGAACGGCUAUGUGAAGAGCUGCGUCACCCCUCUCAAACAGGACCAUCAGAGGGGAUUUUUGUUGAAUGUGUGCAGGUUUUGCAAUGAAGACAUACUUAAUUCAAAACUGUUGAAGGUCUCUGCCUUGUACGUCGGCGCGUUUGUAAUCCUCGCGGUCUCUUUUCUCAUUUCUAGGAGCUUGCAAAGUGACUCGUUGUGGGAUUUGCGGACUUUUUUGUCGGGCUUCUCCCAGUCCAUCAGCCCUUUAUUCAGCAUAGGAUGUGCUUUCUUCUUCUUGACGUUUUACCUGAGGAGAAAAAGGAAGGAGAGCGGCAAAUGUUGGCUCUUGUCACUGCCAGCAUCGUGUUACCUCGGGGAUUUUUUGGUUUUGCGGUUUUUGCAAUGGGGAGAGGACCAACACCAGAUGCAAAUGGUGGGCAGGUUGUUAUUCGUGUUGGGAUGUGUGGGUCUGCUCACACUCAUCCCCUCUCUGAAACUCAAACACAGUGUUCUCAUACUGGUUUUCGCCAGCGUUGUGUGGCUGGUUUCUUUCACAAGUUUGAGCGGACUGCCCGCCCUGCUCAGACCGCUCCUCGCCUGCUUUGCGGGGUUUUGUGGCUCCCUGUUGGGGCUCUGUUUUGACCGAUACUACCCGACGAGGGAAGCACUGAGUGGGAUUUCCACCGCCGCGGAGGAAAAGGUCCCCGUUAUCAGACCUCGGAGAAGGUCCAGUUGUGUUUCACUGGGGGAAACGUCAACCAGCUAUUAUGGCAGCUGCAAAAUGCCCCGCAGACCUUCGUUACCCUGUAUAUCCAGAGAACAGGUAGGUCUUUUUGUCCCCCCCUCCCCUCCUCCUGCAGGACCACGGCUGUUGUUGUUGAGAAAAGUAGGCCCACUGAUCAUCCACAGCUACCCCGAGUGCACAUGUGCAUCAGAGGAAGAAAACACCCAGGCUUAUGUCAUGAGAGACCACACAAAGCAAACCCACAAAAAGCACAAAAUUACACAAAACUUCGAGCUAUUUAUUCAUUUGAUCAGCUUAAAGUCAUAUAAUCAACCAAAUAAAGUAAAAGAAAAGACUAUUUAUCAACUACAAUUUAUGUCACUGUUAUCAUAUUAUAGAGUUAUGUAUGCUAUAAAUAUGGAGUGAUGACUUUAUACAAAAUAACUUCAACAAAUGCAUUUCUAAAAUUUAAGCCAAUUAUCCUAAAGUAGGUUUUAUACCCGAUAACACCUUGAAAUUAAAUAUCAACACUCAAUGUGAACUUUGUUUGAAAUGAGCAUUCAGUGCAAUAUAGCGUUUAAGUGCUUUUGAUUCAUUGUUAUGUAGCAAUGGAGUUGAAUUCAGUCUUCUUUAAUGACGAUCAUUGGUUUUAUACAUAUUUUUAAAAAGAAAAAUAGUCACGUUUCUGUGAUUUCAACCUCUUAGAUGUGAAAAACUUAAGGGUUAUUUCUCCAGUUACUCUCCUGUGUUGCAAAAUUAACAACCCACUUAAAAUCCCUGGACUGGGGAAAAAAACAGAGUAUUUCAAGACCCAUUUUUCUGCAUUCAUAACAUAAACUGGUUGGUAGGUAGGUUGAAUUUAUUGUCCCUGUGAGGAAAUUCAUUUGCAGUAAGUUAAAAACAUGCACAAAGACAGCACACAUACACAGUUCCAUACACUGUCCCACAUAAAACAAAACAACUCAGAAAAGACAAUAUAAAAGACAAAAAAGUAUUUGUAAACUGUAAAUAGAAUGUAUAUAAUAUAUAUACAUAUAUGGUAUAUACAGUCUAUGGUGUAUAAGCAGGCCAGUUUUUAAAAGUGUUUUAACCAACCAACUCAUCUCUUAAUCUCAAAGAGAAUUAACAGUAAAUGUUGUUGCAGUUUUGUUUUUUUUUGUCGAAAAUAUUCACCAAAAAAAUGUGUGUAUCAGAUAAUAAACUGAGUGCCUGCCUACAUCAUCCUGCAAGAUUAAGCCAACAGCAGUACAGCCAUUGAUGUGGCCUACUCCCGCCUGGCUGAAGCAGUCAACAAAAACCAAAAGAUGAUGAGCACACACACAGGGAUUAUUCAAAAUCCACAGUCUGUGUGUGUUUCUAUUUCUUUCAGUAAGCUUGAACACACAAGCUGCAUAAAACCAGUCUGUUUACACACAGCAGCUAACAGAUCCAAUACAAAGCCAUUCUUCUCUCUACUUUGCACCAGUGUUUUAAACCAAUACACCUUUGCCGGCUGUAUCAAAACACAAAGAAGACUACAGUGCUGAAAACAAUAUGUAAAAAAAGGAAAAAGAGCUGCUGCCAGCCAUUGGCCUAAAUUUUGUAGUAAAUGUACUCUUAAUGCCUGUGGUAUUUUCAUAAAUGAAGUGUGCAGUUCAUACACACUGCUUUUGUGUCCUUCAAUCUCUGUUAGAAAUGAUGGGAUACCUAAAAAUAUAUGUACAGUUUGUCUCAGUUGUGCAAUUUCCAGCAGUUGUUUUCCCUCUUCAUUGUGUUUCAGGCUGUUAGCAGAUUAGUGCCCACGUUAGACUAGGCCUUCAACUGUGCAUCAUUCAAGACCCUGUACAAAUACACCCAGAGACACUCAGACUCUCAUUUUACUACUAAAGCUUUUCCUUCCUACGAGAUAUACAGUAAAUUUAACCCUAUGGGCUGUAGAAGUUUGUGGCACUUAUUUAUGGCAUUUCCUCCCUGCUGGAUCUACAUCUCCUCUUGGAUGUACGUCACUUUGAACAAAAGCCUCUGAAGACUGUGAAUGAAAUGAUCAACAAGUAACAUCUUUAACAAGACAAUUAAAUGAAGCAGAGACUGACUUAAUAUUGACUUUUACUUGUAGUGUGGUGGUCUACUAUACAAAGUGUUUCUUUGAAAACUUGAAAUUUUCGUACAGCAAAACACACAAGACAUCCUUUACAGUUCCUAAUUAAAACAGGGCUGUCAACACUCAGAGUUGACUCAGCUAAUAUCAGAUGCAGAUCCGUUACUUAACUUGAAACCUUAGAUGUACGAAAGUGUUGACAUAUUUACAUUGACUGGUGCUUUAGGACUUUAAACUGACAUUAAUGUGGAGUAAAUCUCUCCCAUCAUGUCUCAUUGUAGGUACACAGCAUCUUAUACAUAAACUGCAAUAUACAAAUUCUGUAAUUUUAGUUGAAAAACUUAAACAGGACAUUGCGUUCGUUAAUGAUUAGGCAAAGUGUGUAAUUGAAUCAGUUAUUAUUACCUUGAAUUAAUUUACAGUAAUGAUCUGGUUCAAUUACCUUGUUACUGUGCGCUCCAUACUCCAGGACAGACGGUAUUAAAUCUUAUCAACGCCGUGCAAAAUUAAACAAGCAGAACUUGCAGGUAUAGAUUUGGAAAAUAUGCGACGAGAAGUUGAAUUAAGCAAAGAUGUGGAUAAAAGGUUGAGGAUCGUAAAUAGCCGAGCCAUCUGCACAACAGAAUAUCUGUCACGAUGAGUUUAAAGUUGUAGGUCCAUGUCAUCACCUGCUAGCUGGUAUCUUAUAAUGGUUCAUUCUUUCAUUAGCCGAAGACAAUUAACUGAUGACUUGUAAAUAAUGCUGAUAUCACAUUGUCAUAGGGAUUUUGCAUUUGAAAAAUUAAAGUAUUUACUAAAACCAACAAACAAAAUUGUUGAAAACAUUUUCUAAUAUAAAUGUUGUUGGAAAAAUAUGCAGCUUGGUAAAAUGUUGCCUCAAGGGACUUUGGGUGCAUUUCCAGCUAUCUAUUAUAGUUAAAAAAUGAAUAAGACGAGGUGUAUAUCUGGGUUCUAAAUAACGAAAAGAAAAGAAAGCCAUCUUUAAUUUCACUAUUCAGUUCACUUUACAUUCUGAUACAGAUGGUUAUUGAAGCCAGCAACAUAUACAGUCACAGAUGGAUCUUUAACUAAAUUAUGAAAAACAGAAAAGUACAUUUGGUUAGGCUGUAGAUCUUAAAACAUGACAAAGAAGCAAUAUAUUAAACAGCAAAAACCUUUAAACCAUAAACACAUUUAUAUUAAACACAGGCUGGUAACUGCUGUGGAUUUGAUUUGUUGUUCGAACAGAUUUUUCGCACCAUCAAUGAACGCGUCUACUAGCGUCUAUUUUCAUACAUAAGGUGCACCGGAUUAUAAAGCGCAUUAAGCCAAACAAAACAGUCAGAUAAGUCAAACUUUAUUUAACUCAUUCAAUAACUCCACGAGGCUACAGUAGCUGCAGUGCUCCGACAAGCAAAAAGGAUUUUAAGUGCGCCUUAUAGUACGAAAAAUACGGUAUUUGGGAUGGAAAAAAUGUGCCACCAUGUAGUAAAGUUAGCGGCCUUGUAAGCGCCAAUGUCAGUUGUUUCAAAAUGCCAAUAAUCAGCAGAUGGAUUAAUCAGAUUAUCUCUCAUACCCACUCAUGAACUGUAUUUUUUCAAAGCCAAGUUUUGGGCAAACAAACAAAAAUGUUGUGGAAUUAAUUACCUCUGAGUUGCAAAAGUUGGGCUAUGUGUGUGUGUGUGUUUGUGUGUCUGUCAGCGUUUGUGUAUUUGUAGGUGUGAGUGUACAUGAAGCUUACUUACAGCCUGUCAGGGGAGUGUGCUCAGUGCAUGCUGGGAUAGCUCUUCCCCACUCGCUGGGACAGUGUAAUGGCUGUUUGGUUCAUGAUUUAUGGAAAGGCUGUCAGAGAUGUUCUGCUUUCUUAGAAAUGUUUUGUCUUUCUUGAAAUAGGAAAUGUUUAAAAUUUUAUCUGCUGUUGGCACUCAGCCUUUCCUCUCUUAGAUUUGAUAAUCAGGAAAUGCAGUCAGCGCGAAGGAACUGUAAAGUUUAAGAAAGUGUAAUUUCUCUGUUUAUCAUGAGUGAUUCUAUAUUUAAAGUCAGCCUCAUAUUUGACAAAGUUUCUGCGUCAUAGGGAGGCCAAAAAGGAACAAAGGAAAUCUCAACAGGGGUCACUCAGGGUUCACUGCUGAUGUCACACAUGUUCUUCAUCUCACCAGAUUUGACUCAAACCAGUCAGCUUCCCUUUCUGCUGUCUGAGAUGGUAACGGAUUUUCUGCCUUAAAGGUGUAAAGAGGAGAGUAUUUGUAUUAUUUACAGCCAGUCGAACAUAAUCAAGGAGAAGUUGGUGCUCAGAGCUCCAAUAUCCUGCUGUUGAACGUUAAAAGUGACAAUUAUGGUGCAAAAUGGUGCUCUUAAAACAACUCAAAUAUGACUUAAAAUAACUGUCCGAUCAGCCACACCAAGGAUACGUAAAACGCCGCUUUUUUAUUUACCCACGUGUACCCGUUCAAAACAGGUAACUCGACAUCACAAACAGACUUAUCUUGAUUUAUUUUGUUACACUGCAGGUAAUUUAGCGCUAUCACUGCCUUAGCUAGACGUUGUUGAACUGACAGAUAGUGGUCAACCAUAAAAAGACCACAAGCUAAAGCUGAAGCUGACAUAAAAAUGACAGAGUUUGAAUGCUGGCGCUCAAAACAUGUAUCCUGUUUUUGGCUGUCGGGUUUGUCAUGUAAGACACUGUAACACCAGUUUCAAACUACUGCUAAGUUCUGCAACAGUUUACAGUUUGUAAAUCCAAACUGAGAGGUCGAAUUAAGGCCAGAUGUGAGUAUUUAGAUAUUUGCAACAACUUCAGCCUGAAACAGUAAUGGAUGACGAAAUGUUGGGCCACUCAAAGGUUUACUAUCUUGGUGCAACAUCAGAUGUUGAUAAACUGAUGCUAAACAAGAAUUACUACAGGUUUCAGUGUGAAGACAAAGAGAUGAGACAGAGCUGAUAACCUGUGGAUCAUUAUCACUUUUCUCUUUGACAGAGCGUACUGCUUUGUUUUUGUUUUUGUUAAAGCUACACUGGGGGGUUUUUGGCCACUGGUGGCGCUGCAGAGCAACAUUUUCCUGUGCUGGUUCAGAUCACAUGUAGGAGGUUGCGCAUGCAUGCCAGGAAUAUUUCUGAACUUGGCUCGCCAUUGAAACCAAUGUCAACUUCAAAAGCUGUUGUUUAUCUGACCCUUUCAACAACAAAAAAACUACUGUAGGAGUAAGCAUUGUUUUUAUUCCCAAAAUACAAACAAAGCAACUCAACUUCUGAUCGCACUUUUUUUUAACAGUAUUAUUUGCCUUAAGACUGUCUUCUGUUUUAAAAUGAAUAGAAAGUGAGACAGUCUCAAAGCAGAAUUGGAAAACAGAACUUUUCAAUACAUCCGAAUAACCAGUGUAAACACAGCCGAGUCGAUGUCAAAUAAAACACCCUUAAUGUAAAGUUUAUGAGUUUGAAAGAAAGAUGCAUAGAUAAAUAAAUGACAGGCUCUUUUUUGGGGUCAUCAUUACUCUCUUUCUUCAACCUAAUGGCAGAAAAACAAACUGCGUUACAGAGAAAACUUUCUGUGAGCUCGGUGUUAAAAACAGUCACACUGAUCAGCUUCAUUUAUCACACAGAGAUUAACUCCACACCGUCCGCCUGUCCUGACUGUCAAUGUGCUCAAAACGCUCAUGUCAGUCAGUUUAGUCUUUUUCUUCAUAUACUUCUCCAUCUUGUCUUUUUAAAAUUAUUUUAUUUCUGGAAGUCAGUUUUAGUAGAAGUGCAAAGUUGCCCGACAUUUGUAAUCUUAGUGGACUUUGAACAGUUUUCCAGUGAGUAUUGUCGUCUGCACUGGGCUGUUGUGACUCUUUGUCGUCUUUUGUCAAUAUCAGCUUUGAUGCACAGUUUUUGAGAGUGUGUUCUCAUUAGAUUUUUACUGAUAUUAUGUGUUUUUGAUCUUGAAGCAGGAAACAAACCAAAAUAGGAACACUGGAUUAGGAUUUUCAGUCUUAAGGUGUUCACAUCAUGAGUCAAAAACUAGUUUUUUUUUUUUAUCCCAAAGGUCACUUUCUCAGUUUUAUUUGCUGUUGUGUUGGAGAACUGAGACUCUCUGUAGCUGAGCAUCUUUAAUUUAUUGAAGAUGUGAAGGUCUAAUGAUAAUGCUGGCUUUGUCACUUUUAUGUACAUACACAAUGAUUUAAAGCAGCAGGGAGACUACGUAUUUAGAAAUUAUGAAUCAUGGGCCAAAGUUUCUGCCUCUGUUGAGAGGUGUGAACGUGACACAUUUACAAUCACACCAAAAAAUCCCAUUGAGUACAUUUGAUACACAUUUUACUCAGAGUUGGAGACAGAAUUGUCUGCCUGUCAUAAUAAUUUCAGUAGUUAAUGGUACAAAGUUGUAACUCAGCAGGGUGCCUGAAUCGGUCCUUGGAUCACAUAAUUGUGACACAGUGGAUGAGCCUGAAACAUUUAGAUGUACUGACGUUAAUAUAAAUGAAUAUGGUAUUUUGACACUGUCCAGCUGUCACAAACUGAGACCCAGAAUUCACUUAAGAAAUAUACUCGCUCAGCGCUCUGUUUAAUAGUUUAAUACGAGUCCACUCCUCUGAAUCAUUUAUUUCAAAUAUCUGUUUUCCAUAACAAUGAUUUUAUUGUCCAGCCUGGAUGGCAACCCGUUCUCUCCCAAAACUAUGUCAACGUGUGUCUCCUAGACUCUUUUUUUUUUAAGAUGAUGAGAAUAAAGGGCAGAUCAUUUUGAAGCAGGAUUAUUGUAUUUGGGGGGUUUCAAAGCAGAAAUCUGAAAGCUCACUACUUCAUGACUAAGACCUCAGGGGCAGAGCUGGCAGUGGGAUGGUGCAUUCAGGAGGAGAAGGCCCUCUUUUUGUGUGGUUACCACUCGGCGGGGGCAGACAGGGGUAAAUAACACACUUAACUAACCCCCCAUUCAGAUGAGAACAGAGGAGCGGGCUGCAGAGAGAAAAGGUUGGAAGGGAGAGCAAUGAAAACGCAGAGCAGCUCUCAGCUGUCACGUUCGCUUGCUGUAAAGCCAUGUGGAAUGAUAUAACAUUGACGUCACAACCCAGUGACGUACCACGGGGUGAUUGCAAUGAUGAAAAAAAAAAUGCCAAGUCUUAUUAAUCGCCCUGUAGAAUAUAGUGUCUGCCUCCAGCAGUGAUGAGAAAGGGAGGAAUUCUUUGUCUGCAGUCGCCGCGCGAAAGAAAAAGGCUUUCGGUGGGGAAAGUUGCCUCUGAGAACUGCAGUUCAGACUGAUUUUCCUAUUCUUUUACAGAAACACAGGAUUCAUCUGCAUUUUACAUUUUUAUCUUUUUUUUUAAAUAAAUUCCACUUUUCAUAAUUUAUCUUCUUAUGUUGAAUGUAGUCAGCGUCUCAUCAGUGCAGGAGUGUAAACAUACUGAAAGAGUUACAUAGGCUUUUCUUUAAUUACACAAAUACUAAUAAGUAUUAUGGCAGAGCACAGAGAAAAUAAGCUGUAUCAAAUCUAUUUUUCUAUUUCUGCUGUAAAAUCUGAUAGGAAAAGUGCUUAUAAUGAACCUAAAUCUAAAGCUGUUAUUUAAAAAAAUACUGUUUUUUAAUUUAAUUCUGUUAAAAUUACACUCAUGUCAAAAGCUGUGUAAGACUGAAUAUAGUGGUGUGUGUUUGUGUGUGUGUGUGUGCUAAAAUAUCACUAAUCCCUUCUCUGGAUGAAGCAUCAUUUAAAGCCUGACAUAGAAACUUGAGAUAAUUUUGUUAAAAUCCUGCUGUUAACAAAACCACGUACGGAGGAUAAUCUAACGGACCCUUUCGGGGCGUUUGCGACCUUUUACAAGCUCAGGAUGCAUCAUGACCACUUAAGUGCACCACACUCUAAUUUGCAUCUAGACUCAUAAUCUUUUUUUUAAUCUAAAUAAUCAGAGCAAAACUUAAUUUUUCUUGUUCUUUUUAUACAUUUGAUAAAACUCCAGAUGAUUUAAGCGUAGCUGGAUCUGGACUAUGCUGAGAGAGGAGAAGAAGAAGUGCAUCACCUUGACAAAAGGCCAUUAAAUGACUCAUGUUAUCUGCAGGUAAUGGCUAUAUGUGUGAUGUGUGUGUGCUUGUGGGUGUGUUUGUGCAAACCCAGUUUUGUUUUACCAUUUUUUAAAGAGACUUCAUCUGAUAUAAUUCAAUAGUAAAUCUGUUUAAAAAGCAUAAAAAGGGGCAUCUGCAAUUAUAUUUUGAGACAUGCUGUAUGUUAAUUUCUUGGACUUUCAAAUAAAACAAAAAUGGUCUUAUCUAAUUUUUAAAAAGAAGUAUUGAAAAAGUGACUGAACUGAGCAGAUUUACGGUAAAGUAAUUCUUUAUGAUGAAAUGUGAGCAGAGCCAAGCUGUUGUUUAGCUAAAGGAGAGUGGCCUGCGACUUUAACCUCUGUGUUUAGGAGCUUGUGUAACAGUUGCGAUAUCAAGACCAAGAUGUCCUAAUUCAUUGCUUAGCAACUCUUCAUUUGUGCCACAGGUAGCUUUUAUAGUAGGGAGAAAAACAUUUUAUGAAUCAUAAAUCAGAAGCUGAAUCAGCACUUACAGAAAAAAAAUAUAGCAGUUUUUCAAAAGGGUUUUCAUACAUAUUCUAGACGUACAUAAUAGUUUUAUUAUUCAGGAUUGCACUGAUUAAAAAUGCUGUGAAAAAUUUUCUCACGCUGCUUUCUUAAAUGCCUGAACUUUUUUGCAUAAUUGCCCAGAAUUCUUCAGCAGCAGCAGGAGUAAAGGUAGAAAGGGUUAAGUCGAGCGAGGUGCUGUGUGUUUGGCUGACUGCAGACCGAAACAGGAUGCAGCGACUGCAUUGUCAGCCUGCUGGUGUGAGUGCAAACAGAUGAGGAAAUGCUGGAGCGGGUACUCCAAAACUCGGGUUACCCUGGAAACGGUUUGCGUCAUGAUCACCAGCAAUUAGCUUGCAGCUCUUUAGUUUUCAUGAUAGGUCUACCAGAGCUUAGCCUAAUGACUGGUGUCUGAAGAGACAGUAUCAGAAGAGGUUCACAAAAUACUCAAAGGCAGUCUUCAGCUUUGCGUAAUUCUGUUUAUGAAGAAAGCCCAUAAAUUAAAAAUAAAUGAGGACAUAGUUGGGGUGAUGGCUUUUUGAUACCAUGUUGUGAGUUGCCUGCAAAGAGCUGUGAAGCGUGUCCCCUCUGUCUCGUUUUCCUCUAAUGAGCUGUGAUGUCCUGACCUCUUCUGUCUGCUUAUAUUAUUGUAUACACAAAGCUUACUUGUUGCUGAUUUUGUAUUUUGUUAAAGUUGAGCUAAUUAAACCUUUCUUUUUGCAAACUUAAAACAGCCUCUUCUACUUUUCCUGCUCCCAAACUGGCAUUUUAAAAACACUUCAGCGAGUAAUGACGAACAUUUUUACAACGUAAUCAAGCUGUUAAGUUUGGAUGUAGACUUUUUUCUCCCCUGACUCAAAAAAAUAGGGAUUGGACCACAUGGUUCUCAACAAUGCAAACAUUUAAGGUGGCUGAGCUUUUAGGUUCAGGAUGAGGUUGUUGAACCUUGCGUGUGUUGACUGUUUGUUCAGCCUAGUGACGGGCCCAGAGUAUAGAGAGAGAGUAAGAGCGAGAGAGACAACAUGGUUAAAUGUAUAGCUAAAUGAGUUUGCCGUGACAUAUGUGAGCUCAGACUUUCAAUGUUGCUGUGGGCUUUUGAGUAAGAGAGAAAAGAGGUAGGGGGAUUAGUUAGUGCAGGUUUUAUUUAAAACUAGUACAGGUUUUAUUGACUGCAAAUAGAGUCCAGAUGAGUUUAGUUGUUCCUGUGGUAUUCUCAAAGGACCACGUGAUGAUUUGAAUAGACGGUCACACAGGAGUGAUUUUACUUUUUGUUUCGACUGAGCAUAUGUAGUUUUAAUUUUUUGCAAAGCUCCUAUUUUUUAAUCCUAAAUCCUCCGCCGUAAACCUCCCAUAUUUUUAACUCACUUUCUCUACCUUCUCCCUCUCGUUGUGCUCUCUAUCUCAGUUUCUCAUUCAUGCUGAAAUUUCUUUCUGUCUUUCUCUGUGCGCCUCUUUUGAAAACGGUGUCAGCACUGCUGCUUUUACACCAAAAGGCUGUUGCUAAGUGACGGUUGACGUCAGCCGCAGCUACAGAGGAGGGCUUGUGUGUGUUUAGCAGCUGAGGGCAGAUCCCACUGAAAAGGGCAAAACUGAGAAGCACUAUUAGUCACUGCUAUGAAAACCCGAACUUCAACCAACAGGAUCGACCAUUUCCAAUAACUGGGUACAAAUUAUUCGUAGUGACUUUUGGUGUUUUAAAAAAAAAUCUCUCAUAGUGAACUGAUGAGGUGGACAUGAAGAAAAAAAAAUGGAGAAACUACUCCUAGCCAAUCCACACCCCCUUUUCUUCACUUUUUCUUUAGUCUGUCGCUGUCUCCUUUUCUUUCUCACUUUAACCCCGUCUGCCCCUCCCCCAACACAUACGCACACACACUCGGGCUCAAAUUCCAGACCCCCCCCUCCUCCUCUUCCCCUCACAUAACGCAAGUGAGAUUUUGUAGAUAGAUUUCGUAUCUGACCAGUGAGGUAUCUCCCCUAUAGGACCAAAGCCGCUCUUGAUCUGCUCCCUAUUGUUCGCUGUAAUCAAUUCCCCGGGGACAUGAAUCCCCCAUCCACCCCCUGCCUUCUUCUGUCCUGUGGCAGCACAUGAAAUUUGACCUGUAAGAGUGGACCGGGCGUAUCGCUUAUCUGCAUUUCAAGUAAAAAAAAACAACAAAAAAACGGAGCGUACUUCCCCUGGUCACACUAGUUUCAUUGCUACUUUAGUGGUCGUUUUCACUCGUUAAAAAGGUGGUGGCGCAUUUCUGAACCUAAUCUAAUCAAUUGCGUGAGAACAGUCACAGUGAAAUGACAGUAAUUUAGAAGUCUGUAUACAGGAGUAGACAGUCAUGUGAGCUGCAUGCUCUGAGGACUGUGAUAUUAAGUUCUGCAGGAAGAGAUAAAGCCGCACCAGCAGACACUGGCAGUACAUGGGCAGAGAUAGGUGUUUGCAUCAGUGGUAUGGAGAUGGCUGAUGGCAGGAGGAGCGAGCGCGGGGCUUUAAUUGCACACUCUCUCUGCAGCUGACGCACGCUGCACUGCUCAGAUACAGUCAGAGCUGCGGCCCGCCCCAAACGGCUGCUAAUACUUGUGAAGGCCUUGACAUAAUGUGCUGGUAAGCUUUUUAAAAGAGUGAUAUUCAGCCACUGAGGCCUAAUUUAAAGUGGUUUAGUAGCCAGUGGGACUUUUCCUUCAAACGGGAUAACUGGUGGAAGUAUUUUUACACAAGAAUCUGAAUCCCCUUAAGCUUCAUGCGCACACCUGACACUGAAGAAGAGAGCAAGUCAGACCUUUUUUUUUAUUCCAUAAAGAUGCUCAGCAUGCAAGUAUUUACGCUCUUUAAAAGCUUUAAAAAGUUAUCCCUUUCUUACAGUCAUACAAUCUGCAAUGCAAGUAUGACCCUCCUUUGUCCUCAUCUGGCCUGAUCCUGUAUCCAAGGAUCAACUGGAUCAACAGUGGACCUGAUGCCACAUAUCAACAGCAGGCGACCUGGAUAUGCACUGUAGACACCAGUCACCAUCAGGCACUGGGAGCUCUGCUGCAGACGCCAGUAGCUGGCUGGGGAUGGAUUAGGGGCACAGUAUCUGCGUCAUAAUGGGAACUCUACCUGGCAUUCUGAUCAUGUAGACGGUUUUGUGUUACUGUUCACACAAAAAGUUUUGCACUUUAAAAGAAAUCUGUGUUAUUAAUUGGGGCUUUUGUCAACACAUGUGCUCUUAAGUUGGAAAAUUAAGGAGCACACAAAGAACUUUAGGGGCACAGUGAGUACUAUUAAGUACUAUUAUUUUAAAUCAAUUUUAGGUCUUUUGGUCACAUGACAUGGAAGCUAUUGAAGGAAAAAAUUGCCUUUAAAUUUAACACAAAAAAUCUAUGAGGACAAAUUAGGGAAAUAAAGAGUUAUGUCUUAUUGGCUGACAUAAAUACUAUUAUUUGAAAUCAAUUUUAGGUCAAUUGGUCACAUGACAUGGAAGCUUUUGAAAGAAAACAGCCUUUUUGAGAACAUCAACCAGUAAUUUAUUGACGGUCCCUUAUUCAACAUUCGACGUUGACAGCGAGGAUGCCGAGUAGAUUUAACCGCGCUGCUGUCGCUAUUCCCAGCUAUGGAGAGUGAGAAGACACCGGUAGAUCUGCAGUGAAUGUCUGUUGGAUAUCCAACCUUGAACUAACUAACUCGCUGUAUUUACAUUAAAAAAACAUUUGUUGCCUAAGCGUAUUGUUUUUAUAUGCGCACACCUGCCCCUAAAUAUAUUUUACAAUUCUCACACAUCUAUUUUUAGUCGUAAAUGCGGGUGAAAUGAUCGCACUGUCGAGCCCGGCUGUUUUUAAUACACCUUAAAAAAACAUCAACAGAAGAAAUGAAAAUCUGGUGUCCCCCGACCCAUUAUCUUGACCAGGACUCUGCACCCCUGAAUGAUAUCAAAAAGACUUAAUCUGGGAAUAAUGGCACAAAUUGGCAUGCUGCAGAAACAAUUAUUCUCACAUAAAAAAAAAAAAAAGGUACGAUGGCUUCACACUUGUCAAGAAAAACCUGUUGUCAUUCAACAUUUUGCCGUCUGUCAGGAAGGUCUCGCUCUGAGGUGUCAGACCGAGCAUGUGAAACAUCAAUAGCGACCUGAAUUGCUUGUCAAAGCAAAGAUUAUUAGAUCAGCCUCAAACCAAAGGCUUAAAGUAUCACAGAGCCACUCUGUUAGGCUAUGUAUACAGUGAAGAUCAUUUAUCAUGUAUUGGACAUGUUAAUAGGCCAGAAGUGCAGAUAAUGUAGUCAAGUUUACUGGUAACAUGUCAGCGCAGCGAGAGAUACGAGGUAAAGGUCACAGGCAGGAGGACACAGGAGAACAGCAACAACAGUUAAAAAAUGUCAGAGCACAAACUGCAAUUUCAGUUUUUGUGUGUGUGUAUUUGUGUGUCCUUACUGUCCUUAAAUUAUCAGAUUUCUGUCGAAUAAAAUGAAAAUUUGAAUUUAAGAUAUCUUUUAAAGAAACAUUAAAACUGUAAUUUUCUCACGAGGCAGAUUGAGACAGAAAAAGACACAUGAUCAUCAGAUUAUCAUGUUGUAGCUCUCACAUCUUUUUUUUUUUAAUUUUUAACAAACCCUGCCUUUAAUCAAACUGUAUACUAUAUUUUUGAAUGGCUGUUUUUUCUCAUCUAAAAUACUGAGAAAAUAAAACGGUCCAAAAAAAAUCGGUUGUAUACUACACAAAUCUUGGGACGUGUAGGGCCUCACCUUUGCUCUCCUUCACUCUGUUUAGUAAACCUCGCUCAGGUUUGUUUGUGUGACUCUGACUCAUCUGACAGUCAGCCAGUGUUCCAGUAUUUAUGCCAUAUGGCAACUGUCUCAGGUGAUGCAGGCAGAGCGUGCCGAGCUCUAAGUUUAUACUUCCAGAUGUAAAAUGCUGAUCUCUGGCUGUUCCAGCUUUAUGUUCGGACCUGUCAGCGCUGCCUGCUGAGUUUGGGAUAUUAAGUUGGAGGCAAAGACCCUGGUCACUCUGAAAUCCACCUUUCCACCUUCACGAUGGCCUUCUGUUUAAACUGUAAACUGUGCAAAUUCAUUUUCUGAGGGAGUGUACAUUAGCCACUUUAAAAACAGCAGCAGAUGCAUAUAAGUCAACCUCUCUUUUCUAUCUUUUGUUACAUUAUUUUUCUCUUGGUUUAAGAGGCAGUGCUAGCUGUAGAUUUAUUUUUGUCCAAUGCACCAAUAGCAGCAGAUAACUAUCUACAAAUAAAUGAGAAAUCUUGUGCUCAUUUGUUGAAAUAGGAGUCAUGUGGUUGAUGGAGGAUCACCCUUAAAUAGCCUCUUUAAAACACUGUGUGCAAAUGUAAACAAUUCCGAACAUUAAUCAUGCCAUCAUGUUAAGAAAAGGUGUGUCUUCAAUCUGGCAGUAGUAGAUUAAAACUUUAAAAUGGUUCAUUUUGCUGAUGGAUAUCAAUAGUUGUGUUAAUAUGUGGCUUCGAUGAAAAACGACUGAAAUGCAGAUUUUCUCCAUAUUUUCAUGAGGUAAAAGUUCUGCCCUUGACACAUACUUCAUUCACUCUUCCUCGAUUCAUGAAACUUGUGACCUCAUUCUGUUAGUUUCUCUCCCUCUCUUUUUUUUCCCUGACAGCUGGUGUCCCAUGUUCUUUUCUGGAGCAUACGGGCUCAUGGCACGGCGGCAGUCUCGCUUUAUUAUGUGUGCGCCAGACACCAGGGAAUCAACAAUGUAAAACACUGAAACGCUCCACCCCUGUGUCAGGCAAAGGGUGGAUAAUCCCCGUAAAACAUCAGUUUAAAUGCUCUUGGGUGUAGCAACAAGGUCAUUUUUGGCUGCUUUUUGCUGUACAACUCUCUGACCUGUUACAAUCCUAUGAAGUAUCAGCGAGGAUGAAGUUGCCAUAUGUCUACUCAUUUUAUCAGAAAGCGUUCAGUUGUUUGUUUUCUGGCCAUACAAAAGGGAGUAGACUUUUGCAUUUGCUACACUGAAUAAGCACGAAACAUUGUACUGUCAAAAAUUAAAUAAAUUUAGAGUAUUUAUUGUUCAGCAAUGUCCAGAAAAUAGUCACUGAAUCUAAAGCAACUAUGGGGAACUUUGUGUCUGUGUCAAAACAAAACAAAAAAACUCCCUUUCCUGUCUUUAACAGUGAAAAAUUGUGCUGGCAUGAAUGUCUGCUGUGGGAUAGGUAAAGAAAAAAGGCAGUUUCUUUGGCAUGCUGUCGAUUUUCUAGUCAGAUCCGACCCUCAAACCGGUUGCAGGCAUUAGAAAGUACAAAAAAAAUGUAGCCAAACUUGCUCUUGAUUUUCUUGUUUCUUUUCUUGCCAUGAAGUGUAUUUCUCGAAUCGGAUAGCUUGCCAUUGGGUAGGCAAAAUCAUGGCGUUUUGGUUGAUAAGUGUUUAUCAUUUCAUUUAUUAAAUAUGCAGAUGUGAAAACCUGUGUUGUUGACCUGAAUCAGAGCUGAAUGUCUUACAGAGCUAGAGUUUAGUAAUGCCUCCAGGUGGAUGUGAUUCUUCCAGAUUUAUCUGGAAGUCCAAAAUUUAUGGCCCGUAGACGACCCAUGAAUCAUGGGAAUCCAUAAAAACAUGCUUGAAAAGAGGCACAGGAAGCUGCUGAAAUAAAGGAAGAUUUCAGGACUUCUACAGACUGUUUUACCAAGUCAUUUUUAAGUCGCUAUGCUAACAUUUGAGCUUGAACUCAGCCUGCUGUUUUGAAUCGUCAGAAUUAAGCUAGAUUAGCUGUUCGUGUUUUAGUGAGUCGUGUGUGUUCUUCCAACAACUGCAGUCUGUUUUUGGCUGUAAUACCAUACUGUAACACCAAGUCAUUUUUAAGUAGCUAUGUUAAUGUUUGAGCAUGAACUCAGCCUGUUGUUUUGAAUUGUCCGAGAUAAGCUAGGUUAGCUGUUAGCAUUUUAGUGGGUCGCACAUGUUCUUCCAAGUACUGUUGUCUAUUUUUGGCUAUAAUACCAGACUGUAACACCAAGUCAUUUUUAAGCUGCCAUGCUAAUAUUUGAGCUUGAUUUCAGCCUAUUGUUUUGAAUCGUCAGAGUUAAGCUACAUUAUCUGUGUUUUAGUGGGUCGCACAUGUUCUUCCAACAAUGCUGUCUAUUUUUGGCUGUAAUACUAGACUGUAACAACAAGUGAUUUUUGAGUUGCUAUGCUAAUGUUUGAGCUUGGAUUUAGCAUGUUGUUUUGAAUUGUCCGAGUUAAGCUAGGUUAGCUGUUAGCAUUUUAGUGAGUUGUAGAUGUUCUUCCAACUACUGUUGUCUAUUUUUGGCUGUAAUACUAGACUGUAACACCAAGUAAUUUUUAAGCCGCCAUGCUAAUAUUUGAGCUUGAUUUCAGCCUAUUGUUUUGAAUUGUCUGAGUUAAGCUAGGUUUGCUGUUUGUGAUUUAGUGAGUCUUGCAUGUUCCUAUAAGUACUGCUGUCUAAUAGCGGCUCGCUGACACCUGAUCUAAACUUUGUGUCAAGUCUUAUGUUGAGGCUACACCAUACGCUGUCAUGAGGACUACAUACUUGCGUUUUGGAGUGUCCUUGAUGAUUUUUAAAACUUUAGAACGUUUAAAACGUCAGAAUCCGAUUUCUACGCUCGUCCCGACCACAGUUUCCAGUUGUGCUAUAUUGUCUGAUUUCUGUGUUUGCAGGAAACCAUGGUAACUGUUGAGCAGUACUUCUGCUAUUAUUGAAGAAAAAAAAAAAGUGAGAAGACGUCAUCUGUAGAGAGCACAUGCCCUCAAUGUUUGAAACGUAAGAAAUAUGACGCUAACUGGUGGACCAGGAACAGGGCCUGCAGUCAGACUUGUUUCGGUGCUUAUGCUGCGUUCCAGUUACCUCGGAAGUCAGAUGUCGGAGCUGAAAAUGACGUCACACCCGAGUUCCCAGCGUCCUGGUUACCAAGUCGGAAAAAAGCAAAAUCGGAGGCCUGAAACAAGAUAGCUACAUCUACAAAAGUUAUUUUAGCGCUUGCCUUAUAUUCGGACAAAGCAAGCGCUUAAACAACUUUCUGAGUUGUCGCUAUCUUGUUUUUGGCCUGUCUUUGCUUUUUUCCGACUUGGUAACUGAAACCCUGGUAACUCGGGUGUGACGUCAUUUUCAGCUCGGACUUCUGACUUGUGAGGUAACUUGAACGCAGCAUUAGUUAUUUUAGUUUUAUAAAGCUUUUGUGUGUAUAAAUAUACAUAUAGAAGUAGAACCUACUGUAAAAAAAAUAAAUAUCAACUCUUAGGGAGUUUGAAAUUAAGCGAAGGACUUCUAUAUGAUGCUGACCUUUAUCAUCCUCCUUAUCUUAACCAAAGCCUUCACACCCGGAUCAGAAGAGUAGAAAUGGACAGGCUGCAGCUCGCCCUUUGUUGCUAUGGAGCACACAAACAGACUCUCAUUGUGAAUUUGCACAGAAGAGUGUUUCAAAUUUGGUUAAAUUACUGUAAUACUGUAUAAUCUUUUCAGUGUGUUCUCAAUUAACUUGAGCAACAGCUAGAUUGACAGAUGUUGAGUGCUUCAGAGUGGCUUAGUCUGUAUUGAUUUUGACCUUUAACUUGACAAGUGUACAACUGUAAGCUUCUUAAGCCCUUUUUCUCUUUAUUUCACCCACUGUCACUUCAGUUAAAAUGGCAGCUUUGUGGAUGUAUUACAUGACGCAGAAAUGAGAAGCUCCCCACAGCCAGCGUUGUUCACUUGCUUGUAAAUGAUUUACUUAACACACAAUUUCUGAUGCGAUCUUUUUUUUUUCUCACUGUUCUUUGUGUCCCUACUUCCCUGAUAACUCCUCCUCCUCCUCCCACUGCUGGGCUUUGAUGGAUGGCGUUUGUGUUCACAUGCUUGUUAUUGGCCAGAGCUCCAGGGCUCAGGCGUUAAGUUGUGUUUAUGAGAGGAGCCUGCACUGAUUCCACGAUAAAACCAGAUGUUCCCUUACAAGGCUUUGAGCCUCCCUCAUCGAGCUCUCAUGUCCAUAUCAGGUAUAACCUUCCUGUUGUACUCGGGCCUCGCACCCUCCAAACUAUAGCUUAAUCCUGGGCUUCACAGUGGUCCAAAAAGGUUGCCUGUGAAGGAUGUGUGAUACAUGUUUGCACUUCGAAAGAGAGAUAGAUUAGAGUACAACAAGGAAACAGACUUAUCUGGUUUGGAAAUGUCAUAAUACCAAACAGAAAAGAAAGAUUCGUCACAGUAUAACCGAACUUCGAAAGUUUACUGUUCUUUUUUUUCAUGACAAAACUUCAGAAAGCAUGUGUCUACUUUAUUCUUCCUGCAGCUCACAUCUCACGAGAUUUAAGAGUGAGAAUUCUUGCAGAGUGAGACUUCUCUUUCUGGCCAAGUAAAAACACUGAACAAAAGAGGUCAAUGUCCAUUGAAAUACUGGCCGUAAUUGUGCUUCACCUUUAAAAUCCUUCACUUUUCAUUCGUUGCAAAUGAUCAGGGAAUUUUAUGAUCAGGUGUAGUUGACUGAAAGAGUCACUUUGCAGCUUUGGCAGUCAAUUUCACAGCAUCUACUGGAGCAGUUUCAAGAGUUCCUCGGCAGCAGACCCUGAAAUAUGUGCAGAAGAGCGUUCUGUGUUGGUCAUUUCAGUACUUUCCUCAAACUGGCCAAGAACAGGAACAGAACUCAAACAAAAGUCCCUUUUUAUCCAUCAGAUUGUGGCCUCACUGUUAUCAGGUUCAGAUCUGCUCAAUAAUAACUUACCAACGGCCCAUCAGAUGCCAGACCACAUGGCUGCAGAUGAUAAUACUCUGACAUAAUACACUGUGACGUACACACUCCAGCUAUGCUGUUCACAUCACUAAGUAAUCUACCUGGAGUGCACACUUGAACGUUUGCGAUUUGCCAGAUGACGUAAAACUUUGCCGCAUUUUUAACUCUUAAUGAGACUUUUCCUUUUUGUGUGAUUUUCUUUUUUAAUAGAUUAAAGAGUUUACAAAUCUACAGAUCAGAUUUUGACUCAGAAAUCAUGUAGAUUUCUUUCCCCCCUCAGUCUGAUCGGUUAUUUUGUUUCCAGCCUCGAUGUAACGGGAAAGAUUGUGAACAAGUGUUUUUAUUAAAUGAAAAAUGAAACCAGAAACUAAGGCCCGAACUACACGUUUAUAGAUAUUUAUUUAUCAGGAUAUUUUUGUACUCCCGUCUAAAUAAAUGUAUCUGUCCACACGUGUUAGUUCUCAGAAAUAUCUGCGUCCACACGUAGCCUUCAAACUCAAUCCUAUCUGGUGCCGCUUAAAAAAAAUUCAGUAACAAAGCUACCUGAUUGGCCGAUGAAUCAAAACAGUGUGAUGCGUCAUGCAUUGUUUGCAGAAGCUACGCUGGUGCAUCGGGUCCAUGUGACGGUGCGGUGGCUAUAACAAAGCAGACGCCUCUGUGAGCUGGCUGACUGGUGGAUGUAAUUGUAUAAAACAAGGUUCACUUGCAAGGCUGAAAUUAGCCCCAAAAGGGCAAAACAAACGUAAAGAAUACCCUGUAUGUCCGCCAUUGUUGUUGUUGUUUUCUUUUUAAUUCGCAUGCGCGAGCUGCGGAUUGACAUCAUCGAUCCGUAAAAGUUCAACCACACGAAUCCACUUAUACUGGUAUUUUUUUAUUUCUCCACUUGUUUUUUCGGAUUCAGAUUUAUCCAGUUUGAGUGUUCCAAACUCCCGUUUUGGUGUGGUAGGGAGGCCUAAUCGGACAUAAAUAUGUGCGGUUUGAAAUAUAUCCGUAUUCGUGUAGUUGGGUCUUAAGUGUACACCUGUAAGUUUUUAGGGUUUAAAUUUCUCACAGUUUCAACUUGCUUUGAAAUCCCAUUUGUUCCCAGUAUAUGUUGGAUUAUUCUAACUUUUUAAUGCCUUUUAUAAACUAGACAUUCAGGGCAGAGGGACAAAAUACUUCAAGAGAAGAAAAACUUAACAUGUUGACUAUUUAUGAGCAAAUUUGCUAGCUUAUUCUUCAACCAGAUGUUGGCACUGUUUUUCUGAAGUCCUGGGAAGCAUUUCGUCAGGCUUUGAUUGUACCUCCUGUGUGUCGUGAGGUCAAUGAUCCUUUUAAUAAUUACCUGUUUUAACAAUGAGUGAACCUGGGAUAUUUAUAUGAACCUGCAGAUUAGCAGAUCAAUGUCAGCAGAGAGGACUUUGAGAAGUACUAUUCAGACUAUUUACACUUGGGCUCUCUGCCACCACUCUCCAAAGGUCAGACAUGCCUAUUUCCAUGCCAGUCUCCUCUGAUAGCAAUGAAUUGCUGUGUUCCAGGUCAGGAGAAAAAUUAAGCUCAGAUAAAAUGUAACCUGCAUACACAGCCUGCACUGCAACUAUUUAUAGAAGCAUGAUUUACUGACUGGUGUACAGUAAAUGAGGAGCCAAGUCAAGCAUAGAUUAAAUCCCUUUACAAUGUAUUUCUUUUAAAAUACGGCUUGUUUUAUUUUUGUAAUCUGACAGCUUUAUUGCCUUUCUGAUUUGCUACUCAGAACAUAGCAGAAAAAGAGGACAUGAAAACAGAUGCAUGCGUGUUCGCAGUCACUUACAUUUGCAGCUUUAUCUGUUUGUCUAUUUAUGGUUCUGCAGGUCUUAAAAACACCUCAAGUGUUGUUGUGCAGGCUGUUUUGCCACCAUGGGUUGCCGUGUCCUGAGUCGUGGUGUUGAGUACAAUCAAAAGUUACGGACCAUCUGAGCAUGAAACAUACCAUUGUGGGAAAAAGUUCACCGUUGACGUGCGGGGGUUGACCUUACUCAGAUUGUGGUGUUGGCAUGGACUCAAAAGUCGUCUGUGAGAGUCGAAGCUGACAGCUAAACUGAGAUUUUUGUUUCUUGUUAAGUUACACGUCCCCUGUCAACACAUACCAUCUUGUCAGUCAGCUUUUUAUCUUCAGUUUACAGCUCCAGUCUCAUUUUGUGUGUGUGUGCUCAAGAGGACUCUGUUCUUCUAUAUUUAUGGAGUCUGGGAGGUGAUAUGAACUUUUAUUAUUAUUUUUUAAUUCGCACUGCGAUUUAGUAUCUCGUAUACAUUUUAUUUGUAUUUUGUGCAUGCGUUUAUGUAAAUAAUCCUCUGCGCAUCUCAUUUGUGAGAGAAGAAGGACAGUGUCAUGGAGAAAGAGCAUAUUAUCGACAUUUUCUUUCAUUUGAAUGACUCACAAAGAGAUACUCUAUAGCUUCGCCACAUUUGGUAGGAGACGCCUCAUCAGGACCCUUACAGCACAGCGACUUUGCUGUCGGCGAUAUUUUUACUUAUUACCAAAUGGUUAAAUCGCACCUGCUUUAUAAUUAAACACAUGUGAGAGAUACAAAAUCACACGUGCAAAUAAAAAAAAAAAAAGGUAGUGCCACCUCCUGGGCUCCAUUUAUAUUAAACUGAAUCUUUAAACUGAAGUUAUUUUGACAGUUCUUGAUUGUUGAUAGUGCCUGGUUGACAAGUUUACUUCGAUGUUACAUUUUUAUUUCUUUCUUUUAAAAAAUAAUAAGGAAGAAGAUGUGAAAAUUUAAACUUUACUCCUCAUGUAGAUUCAUUAAAAUUGUAAAAAGUAGACAAGGAUAUAGAAAAAUAGUGGCAAUAAUUAAAACUAUAAUAAAUGUAAAGUCGACGUCAUAUUGCUUUAGGUGUCAGUGUAUUUCCGUCUGUCUGGUCAGCAUGUUUUAGUAUUUUUAAUGCAGCAUAAACACAUCCUACUCGAUGUACAGUAUAGCAUGGCACACACCAAGAGGCUGCUGUCCCAUUUCUUCAUAAAAGACGUCAUCAUGACCUCUUUUCCUUUCCUCCUGCUGGCGUAGAUGCUUUUUCUUUUUUUUUUUUUCUUUUUUGUUUUGCAGAUGUUAAUUCUGUUUCUCCUCUUUUGGUUCUCUGUAUAAUGUGGCAUCCUGUAAAUCUUACAUCUGGGAUGAACAAAGCUGAUAGUGCUCUCUAACUUCUUUGUUCACUUUGGAGACACCUCUUUAGCUCGUCUCUGAUUAUUUCUUAUACACCAGUUUUUGCCCCUCUGCCUCUUUUUAUGAUAAAGAUUUGUCUUGUGCCCUACCCUGCCUUCUUUUUAAAUCUCUUCUGGUGUACAUCUGUUUACUGCUCCUCAAUAAUGAUAAAAGUGUUCACUGAAAUACAGUGGACUCCUGUAUGACAUUGUUGGAUUUACUUUAGUUUUGCUCACCCGCAUCGUAGAAGAGACACAUUACUUCGACACAUGGUGAUGCAGUAAAGAAGUGGGUCUGUUUUAGAUGUAUUGGGAUAUUGAUUUUGGUUAAUAGAUGGAGCCCGCACUUAACUUGGUAACAGACAGAGCAUUUAUAUGAGCAUAGUUACUUGCUCAUCCCGGACUGUGUGCACACUGACAAGAGGAGUGUGAGAGAGAGCUGCUUUACUGCUGACUGAGACCACUUUGACUAGAUUGCACUGCCCUGAUCCUGCAGAUUCUGUCAUUUAGAAAUAGUUAGCUAUAGUGUAGCCAUACAGAUGCUGUUUGUAGACAUACACAAGUGGUGUAGAGCAAGUGCAUGUUAGUUUAUCAAUAAUGGUAAACCUAAACUAGUAGAAAAUCAUUGAUUAAGGCCCAGGUAUCAUCUGGGAAAACACCGGUCUGUGUACUCACUGGUAGUCAGAAUGCCUUGUUGACAGACAUCCAGAUUUCUUGAGGAUUAACAUAAGAAUCUGGUCUAAGUUAUCUUCUGUGUAGAUAACCAUCUUGCAGUGUAAAAAGUCUCAGACUUAAAUUGUAGAAGGUUGAGUUUCUUUUUCUCCUCCAGCAGUGUUUUCAUUGUGAGGAUACUGAAAUGAUUGGAGGUCAGCUGGAAGACAAAGAAAACCCAACCGAGUGGGAGGUGGAAUGGGACCCUUAAAUAUCCUCUGAUGCUUUCUCUUGGAAUCAGGACACACUUGCAGCCUCAGAGCAGCCUGACUGACGUCUAGUCCUCUUUUUCUCGCAGAGCCUUACCUCAUCUUGAAACCAUGCUAACAUUUCUGCUGCUUGUACCUCUUUCUUUGCUUUCAUUCACCUGCUGCUUCUUUCGUCUCUACUAGUAACUACAAAAACCAGCGUUUGUCCACAGAACCAAAGCUGUUGCUCUGUCACAGGCUCCAAUACAACUUGAAAUCUCAAACGUCUUUUACACUAAGAGCUAAAAUCAGACCUGACUAGCUAUAAGCAUAAUAACCAGCAGCAUCGCUAAUGAUCAGCUGUAAAUUGGAUGAUUUCUUAACCCAGUUGUCUUGAACUUUGGACCAUUCUGUCUCAACAAACCAUGACAGACUCAGUCCCAUGGAUUUGUCAAAUCUCUUGACAAAUGCUUGGUACCUGAAGAGAGCGCCAUCAAGCUGAGAUGGGCAUCAAAGGUCUCCCAGCCACUUCCCAAUCGGUUUUUGUGGCACAAUGAUAAUUCUCCUUAGGGCUUUAAUCAACUGAAGAAAUUCUUGGUCGACUAAAACCCUGAAAUUUUCAACCAAAAAUUGACUAACGGGGGGACUAACCUUUCUGCAGCGGGGGGACGACGCAGCUCGGUGGAGCACGGCUCGGCCGAUGUCUUUGACAUGGAUGGUAAAGGAGGACUCACAUGAAAGUUGAAAUGCUCAAAAUUAAAAUAAAUAUUCAGAAAACCACCGAAUGUUGAUUUACGUGGACGCUGUUCAGUCUCCAGUAAAUUGGGCAAAUCCAAAACAAGGGGGGUGUUUUUAGACAUGCUAACACCUGUAAACAUGGACUGUAUAUAAAAUAGACAGCAUCUGCCUCCUCGCUGGAUGAAGCCACUCCGAGAACAGCACCCUCUGGUGACGGGCUGCUGUAUAGGUCAUAAAUCCCGCCUCCGCCAGCAAUCCCUAUGGAGCUGUGGACAAACUUUAGAAAUUAAUUUAACAGAAUAUACAUUUUUCUCCCCUCUGCUUGUGAUGUUGACAUGUAGUUACUCUAAGACUGGUUUGUGCUCAAGUCCUCUUUUAUCUGUACAGCUCCGUUUUUAAAAGUUAUUAGGGGGUUCAUGUUUUCUAUAAUUGACACUUGAUACAGCCUAUGGGCGUACGAAGAUUGCGUAGCCCACCCGGAGGAUACGCUGUUUAAGCUGAGCGUCAUCACUCUUGGCGACUCUCCCGCCAAAUGCGUACAAUGCUACUGCGCAAUGUUGGUUUCAGGAAGUGGAGAAAAACGCAGAAUUACUGAGGGCUUUUUGACAUCAAAUCUGUAUACUAGCGGAAGUCGGAACCGAGUUGUCCAUAGUAUAUACAGACUAUGCCUGUGAAAGGGGGGUGCUCUGAAAACACCCCCAUUAGCACUUGAUACGUUUCUUCUGAUGAAAUAACCCAUAGACUGUAAAUUGACGCAGAAAAAAAUCCAGUUGACCAAUCAGAAUUCUGGUCGAGUGAGCACGUAUCGACCAAUAAGUCGACUUUACUGCCGUAACUCUCUCCGAUAGUUCUAUUCCAGCCUUGGAUCCAUUUGCGUAUUUUUUCUUGGGACACAGCUGGCUGACAAACUCCAAACACUCAGGAAGUAGACAGCAACCGCUCUUUUCCCUGCUUCAAAGAAAUCAGUGGGCGUGUGUGUAUGGGCUGUGUGCUGUACGUCUCCUGACUCAUGUAAACAAAACGCCAUGGUUAAACCACAUGCUAUGCCCAUGAGAUAAAGAUGAGAGAGCUGAGUGGGCUGCUCAUGCUGCUGUCACAAACUACAACCUUUGCUGAAGUAAACCAGGAAGGCUUGGAUGUUUGAUAAAAAAAAGAGUGCACUGAUUAGUUAUUUGUGGUUUUCUGAAAUUCUUGACCCCAUAGGGCUGAAUCACCUCCCAGGAUAACGGAAAUGUUUCAGCUUUAACUUACUUUGUUGAUCGUUUAAAAUAGAAAACCUAACACAACAUUUAGAUUGAAUGUCUUGUAAAAUAGCAUGCCUUCAAGAAAAAUCAAUUCUAUUCUUAAUCGUGCUGCCUUUUUGUCACCAAGGCGGCAUUUCUCCACAACCCUUGUUUUCUAUACCCACAAAAAAGAUACCAUUUCCUCUUUAUUGUGGGUAUUUUAGGUUGAAAAUUCGUGGUAAUAUUUCCUAUGAUGUCCUCUGCUUUGUAUGCAAAACAAAUACUUGAGGCCAACAAAUAUGGAAGACCCACCCCUGAAUGCAGCGUGUCGUGACUCUGACUCCAAAGCCUAUUUCAUGCUCUUCAUUAGCCUGGGUGUCUCCCUGUGUCGCAGACUGUAGCUCCUAUAAAUACCCAUAAAGUUUUCAACAGUGGAAACCGUCACUUUGUUGAAUGUCAUACGCUUUUAGGUGUAGUUUUUGUAACUCUACUCCCAAAGAUUCAGAAAGGAGGUUAAACACUCAGAGGUUAGUUGUUCUUUGUUAUUUGAGUGUUAAUUUGGAUUCAGUUUUCCAUGGAGGAAGAGGUGUCUAAAGGAGCAUAUUAUGCUGUCCUACAGGCACUUAACAUUACUUCAAAUGACACUUAUAAAAGUGGCUUUUUGCAGGGGCAGACACUGAACAACACCAGUACAGUGAAGUGGUAGAGGAGUGUGAAAGAGAGGGAUGACAUUUUGCACGAGCUCCUUUCCCUAGUCAAAGAAUUUUCCAUGCUCUUGCCAGGUUGCCCUGACAACACAGGUGACAGCCAUAGGCCGACAAACCAUCUGGAGUACCGUGAGUUUUCCUGUUGGGCCUGUUGACCUGUGGGCUGCCGGUGAGCCAAGCAACACAGAUGCAAAAGACUUUUACACGUCUUUGGUGGAUGAUCUCGCUUGUUUCACUGAGAGGAAGUUACGCUCAGUCACUUCAUAUUUGUUUGUUUCCCUUGAGCUUAGAGAGAUUUUUUGGCUUGGAAUUUAUAAAGCAAAUACCUGUUUCUUGAGGAUGUUUUUUUUCCUCCUUUUUUUAAAAAGAAAAAGUAACUUGGAAAUCAAAUUCGCAUAGUCAUGUGAUUGAAGUAGUGUUUAUUGUAAUUUAUUUUUUAAUAGUUUUUAUAUAUAUAAAACAACUUUCAUAUUCAAAAAUAUACACCAACUCAGAAACAGGCGAAGAAAGAUAAACAUCAAUAAGAAUACAUCUAUUGGUGCAAAAGUCAAAGCAGGGAUUUAAAAAAUUUAUAUAUGUCAAUGUCAAUGUCAGCCUUAUUUAUAUAGCACAUUUAAAAACAGCCAGUGGCCUACCAAAGUGCCUAACAGUAAAAUUGCCAGAGACAGUAAAAACAAUAAAAACUAUAAAAACAAUAACAGCAUUAAACAACAAUAUAGAUAAACAUAGCAAAUAAAUAAAAUACCCAAUAAAAGUAGCUGUACCUCCCCAAAAGCUAAAGUGAACAGGUGCAUCUUCAGAAGUGUUUUAAAAGUGAAGGGGUUUAGCAGUACACACUGUCAGGGGUACAUAUAUAUAUAACUCUUCAUCCCAAACUUGUGUUAUUGCUCAUUUUUGCCAACUGUCUAGGUCUGUUUUCUUUUUGUUGUUGUUGUUGUCUUAAACUUAGAAAGUUUGAUCUUUAGUUAAGAAUUCAAACCUAUCGACUGUUUUUAAAAUGAAGCCAACGCUAAAGUGCAAAAACUGUAGUUUCUAGGGGGUCCACUAGAGGCUGACUGCAAGACCAAUGAAUCCCCAUAAGAACCCGUAUUAAAAUGCAUAUGAUACAGAAGAGAUAAUCACAAAUAUGUGCCAGUACUGUUCUCACUAAUUCUAUCAUUAGAAACUAAUGAGGGAGGAUUUUUUAAAGCUCCUCCGUUUGAUGUCUAAGGACCAAGAAUUGUUCAUAAAUUAGCAAAAUUUGAAGUAAAAUUGCUUCAUUUAUGAUAAACUAUUUGUAAAUAUUUUCUUAAAUGCUUGACCGAGGUUGUUUGAUUUAUUACAAUGACGGAAAGCAAAUGCAUUUGAACAUAAAAGUGUAUUUUGCUCAUAGUUUGAAGUUUAUAGUCGUAGUAUCGUUUGGUUUACAAGUUUUGCUGUUGUGAUGGUUAAGACGUGUUUUCAGUGAGUCAGCUCGGGUCAAAAGUUCAGAGAGAGAUUUUAAAUCCUUGUCUGCUUUUCCUCCAGCCUCAGCUGCUGGUCCACUAUCAGCUAACCUGCCUGAGCUUUGGUAAUGUCAUUCUAAGCCCGGCUAAACUUUGGCACUUUUAGUUCUAUCUUACCAAUAUUACACACUCACAAACACCCCGCAGAUCUCUGGGUUGUUUUUUUAAUCGCCUUUAUAUGUGAAUGGGCUUGAAAGGUUGUGCUGUCCUGUACUUUCCUCCCUCCCUCACUCUGUAUCAUCUUUUUUCGCCGUGCGUGUCCUGACAGCCGGGGCCCAGCCCUCAUUAUCAACGUGUGCAUGAGCAGGGAGCUGUUGACGCUGUGUGUGUCGCUGCACACUGACGUCAGCACUGCCCUGCUUCUCUCCAUACAAAUGUCUUCGUCUGUCUGCCAUUAAUACCUUUUCUCUGUCCCCCACUUUCUUAUUAGCGUGUUUUUAUCAGUUUUAGCACCUCUCACAGCACAGAGCCCAGCUAAUAUGACACGCAGGUGUAACAAACCAGCCGCUUAAUAGCUCGCACAGGUUUAUUGACUCCUGUCAGGGAAUAUUUAUGACUUGUCCCAUGUUAAAUAACUGUGUGUUUGAGAUGUGUUUGCUAGUUCCAAUAUUUUACUUCUAUAUUUGGUGUUGUCUGUCGAAUUCUCCCUGUUUGUAUCAUUUUAUACAUGCAGGUGUGCAUGUCACCCCUUUCAGACGUAUUUGCAUCAUGAAAAAUAUUCAUAUCUAUGCACAUGUGGGUGCACACACAGCGCAACACAGAGUGAAAGACACUGGAUAUUGUCCAAGUCUAACAAGCGCUUUCUGUUUGUUUAAAAACCUCGCCUUAAAUAAGAUUAAGAGAUUAUGAAGAAUAGAGCAGUUAUUGAACAGGUAGACAGUCUGACCUUGUUGCAGCUAUGUCCUAUUAUUCUGUGUGUAAACAGUUGUGGUAUCAGUGAGCUAUUAGCCAUCGCAAAAAUGUCCACACCAAAUUAAUUUAUUGACACAUGUCAUUUUAGGUUGUCAAUUUGGUUUAUAGCUUUAUUUGAAGCAUACAUCCUUAUGCCAGGUUCCCUUCGGCAAAGAAAAACAAGUGCAAAGAAGUUCAGCGAUCGAGAAGUGGGACACUGAAAAUAUACUCCAGUCAAAUUAAAGUCACAAAAAAAUAAUGAAUGUAUAGUAAAAGAUCUAUGUAAGAGAUGAUCAGAUUACAUUCGUCUGUCAUAUGAUUCAAAUGUAAAGUUUUCGCUGACACCUACUGCUGUGUGUAACUGUAGCAAACAAAUACAUUCAUUCUCGUAGUUUACGGUAUGCUGAAGUGUAAUGUUCAUCUAUCACUUCAGAAUCUGUUCCACUUAUACGUGUCCCAGGUGAGAAGAAUGUGACGUGCUUUGUGGUGUGUGUGUGUGUGUGAGUGUUUUCUAGUAUCUGCGUAUGUGUGCAGGUGUCAGGAGUGUCGGCAGCAGCUGGGUUUGUGUGUGUCUCCGUCUGUGUCUGCCCUCAUAUAGUGUUUUCAUAACACCGGUCCAGAACACGUCCCCUGUUCAUUGAAGGAUUUGAAUCUCAUCACUUGCACAAGGCCCUCAGUGUCAAUAAGUCGUCGUUGUUGUUGGUGGUGGUGGUGCACAUGUUCUUUUUGGCCCAUUUAACUUGUUUUUUUUUUAUGUAUGUGCCGCAUGAGAGACGGGAGAGACGUUUGUGUAUCUGUGUGUGGAUACUGACGUAAAGAGGGGUGUAAACUGCGAAUGUGUCAUUUACAGAGAUUACGUACAUUAAACUCCACAGAGGCCUUUACAGUGUGUGUGUGUCGCUGGAUUUUUGGGGUCAGCAGAAAAUGAAUAGUACAGUACAAAUACAUACAUGAUCCUUCUGUUGAGUCAAAUGAAGGCCAAGCUCACAUCAUAUGUUGUGUCUUUGAGUCUUUUUUUUUUCUUUUUAUCCCCGUCUGCAGUUCAGUGUCCUUAUCUCUCUCCCCCUCCUUAAUGGCAUCCUCUUCUUCAGCGUUUACCCGUCUCUCUUCCUCUCUUUCUCUCUCUCUUUUCUCUGUUUCAGCCCAUUUGUGUGUAUGUGUGUAUGUGUGUGUGUGUGUGUGUGUGUGUGUCUGUGUCUGUGUCUCCGUAAACAAGCAGAAGGCCAACAACUCUGUCCUCCGGCCAUUCUCCCGCCAUCCCGUUGCCAUGGUGUAUGGAGCAUUGUUUGCUGGCCUCUAUGUCAGGUUGCCAUGGCAGGGCUUAUUUGCCAUAUUAAAUGUUUGGCAGCAUUGUACAGAUGCUGAUGACAAACACCCAACAUCCCACUUUGAUCAAUGAAUCAGUUACUGAUUAGAGGAGAUGGGAUGGAGGCACUGAUCUAUUUAACAGAACCCAGUUAAAGCUUUCAUGGACCGUAUGAAUCACAUUCAAACAAGCGAAACAUCUUUAAAAAUUAAUACUUAAGUUAUUAUGGGACUCUUUUUUGUUUAAUUAUGCUUUUUAUGUCAUAAUAGAAAAAAUAUCAGUCCUAAAAAUUUUAAAUGAGUUUAUUUUUCAUGUUUAAAAAUCUGUAGCAGACGUAUUAAAACUAUAUCCUUUUCUAAUUUCUGCCAAUCAAACUAAAUCCAAGGUGUUAAAUCCUGGAGUAAAUAAGAUUUGAUCCACUCAACAAUGUAAUAGAGGUUCUUAGAAUUGCUUUGUGUGUUCAAAUGGCUGCAGUAUUUACAAUAUAUAUACAAUUUUUUUCAAAUAAAAUGAUAUUUUUUGACAAGAUGUAAAGAGGAAAGAUUUAUGAGGUGGAUUGUUUACAUGUGACUCUAAAGUGGAUGGUUCCUCUCAAAUUAAAAACCCUCAGCUCCUCUCCAUCUUGUGGUCAUGAGUGAAACUGCAUUAUUGCCUUCUGAAAAAAUAAAAAAAUCAGCCUGGAUGGCAUGUGAACAACUGUUGUAUUUCUCUCCUCUAAAACAUGAAGAUAGAUCUAAAAUCAGUGAACUUUUUUGGCUGUAUGAAGUGAAAAAAGGUUAAAGAGGUAAAAAAAAUCUGGGUAUGUGCCAAGUAUGGCAAGACAGAGGGACAAACUAAGUUUAUUGCUUUCUUAACAUAUUAAUUUCUUCUUAAUUUAACAAGGGAUUAGUUCAUUUCAGGUUCAGCAAGUUAGUGUUACACAACCUUCACAACUUUGACUAUUGCGGUGCAGUAAUGUGUGACAGCUCCUGUUUGGUUACCGACAGAUAGCGUGGAAAUGCUGCCGAUUGACGUAGUUGCAGCCUGAUAAGAUCUCAUAGCUCCAUUGUCGACGCAGCACGGUGGUUUUAGUGGUUUGCUUUUCUUCAUUCGCUCUCUCAGUGAAAGGCCUCUGUCUGCUGUGGCUAAAGCAACGUGCACCAGCAUACCUGUAGUAGUCAGUGCAUCAUGUGGUGCAGGAAAGCCUCAAUAUAAAUUGUUACUACACUGUGCAUUGAGAUAACAAGCAGAAUAGCCUCGCAGUGGCUCCGUCCCUCUGUUGCUGACCCGCCUGUGGCCUCGCUGUAAAGUCAUAAGACAGUGUGCAGAAAGUGGAGCAUAGGUCAAAGACUGUCCCCCCUCCCGUGUAAAUACACGAAAAUUUUGCUGUCAUGCACAAACACAAACACAAUGAUGCUUCUUCACUGACAGUCUGUGUCUCUCUUGUGUUUUACAGAUGAUCCUGUGGGACUGGGAUCUGAAACACUGGUACAAACCCCAGUAUCAGGUCAGUACUGCUCAAUUCUCAGCUUACACACUUAAAGGUAAAGACGCACAGUCGAGUGAGUGAGGUAACACACAAAAAAAAGAAAAAGAAAGAAAAUGAUUGUGGCCUCUAUUGUCCUACAGUCCAAGUAGUUUGUAAGUCUCCUUUGGGACAUUCAGUUCUUUUCCUGAUAGUUUUUGUGGAGCAAAAUACACAUUGUGUAAAAGCUGGCAUACACUGACCUUGGCAUCCUCGUCAUCAUGGCACAUUUUAUCUCACGUAGACAUUCUUUGCCUUGUUUGAACUAUUUCUGUAAUCUAUUGAAGAAUUGAGCUCGCUCACAUCGAAAAUCUGUAUUUGUGCCUUUUAGACGGGGUCAAGGCCAGAACAUUUACCACAUGAUAUCUGCCCCUAUACUACUACUACUACUACUACUACUACUAUUAAUACUACCACUACUACCAUUACUACUAUAAUAAUAAUAAUAAUAAUAAUAACAAUAACAAUAACAAUAACAAUUACAACAACAAUAAUAAUAAUAAUAAUAAUAAUAAUGAUGAUGAUGAUGAUGAUGAUGAUGAUGAUGAUGAUAAUAAUAAUAAAAUAAUAAUAAAAAUAAUGACAAUGAUGAUAAUAAUAAUAACAAUAACAACAACUAUAAUAAUUAUAAUAAAAAUAAUGAUUAAAACAGAAAAAUAAUAAUAAUGACAGUGAUUAUAAUAAUAAUAAUGAUGACAGUGAUAAUAAUAAUGACAAUAAUGAAAAAAAAAUAAUAAUAACAACAUCAACAAUAAUAAUGAUAAGACUCAACAAGACAUACAAUAGGUGGAGGAAGGGUUAUUUGUUGUAGAAUAACCAACUGCAAAAAUAUAUAUUCUGUAUACAUCUGUGCUGUUCACUGCCUGACAUAAGCAAGGGCACAUAGUAAACUCUGGUUAUCUUCGUCCACACCCAAACGCAAAACCAGAGUUUUCCAAACAUCUCAACUUUGGUCGGAUUUUUCCAAAUACACCAUUUUUAAUGAGGUAAUCCUGUGGUUCCGUAUAGACAGCAGGCGAAAGCCUUUAAAAUAAAUUCGUUUCAGCAAAUACCUGGUGACGUGUAGACCAGGCCUGAGUUGUGCGAGAGUUCGACUUCACUACACUCUAGCAUCAAGCUAGCUGACAGCAGUGCUGAAGACAUGACUUCACUGCAAACAUUUAAAAAAAAACAGCCCAAUGUGCAAUCCUCUAUGAAAAAAAAGCUCAGAAUACAGCAGGAGACUUGUGGAUCAAAAGUGAGAAUUUCUUCAGUGAAUCUUUGUUGUCAUUAUGUGAACAUCUGCGUUUGGCCCAGAUUUCAUUGGGAAAUCUGUGUCAGUCAAAACUUCAAGUUAAAUUCAAGUUAAAUCUUAAACUAAUUUUGGAUAAAAUGAUGGUUUUGGAAAUAAACUUGUUAAAAUGAAGGAUUUUAAUGAACACCAUGGAAACUUCUUUUGAGAAAUGCUUUUAUUAUGAUGAUUUCUGCCGUUUUUCUGACCCUGUAAGUCAACAGUAAAUAGAAAUCAUGGAUCAAAAAAGUGUUAUGUGACAUUGUGAUAUUGACUUACUCAUUUUUGAACACUUUUUCAAGUUAAAAUACUAGUUGUUGCCCACAGCAUGCACCAAACUUUUAUCUCACUGUGUGGUUGCUCUGUUUCUGUGAUCUCUUAUCUGGAUGAUGUGUCUGUGCACGACAGGGUGCAGUGACAGGCAACGGCGUGGAUCUGUCAGUCAUCAAUGAGGCCAGGAACCUGGUGUCUGACCUGCUGAUGGACUCAUCCCUGUCACCGCAUACCAUCUCCUCUCUGCGCAGCAUCUCCAGCCUCAUGGGAACAUUUUCAGGCUCGUGCCGCCCCAGAGUCAACCCCUUCACCCCUUUCCCAGGUUUCUAUCCCUGUGACGAGGUGGAGGACUCGGUCGAGAGGGGAGACAGGAAAGCCAUAAAGGUGGGCACAAGGAUAAUAGAUGCAUUAAACUCGUAUAAGCUGUGCAAGAGAUACAAGUACAAGGACUUAAGAAAACUCUAAACAAGGAGAGUGGACACACUUUUGUUAACAGUGCCAUCUUUACCUGCAGGCACUAGCAGAGAGAGGUCAUAACCCCCCUCACCUUUGAGAUAGGAGUCCUGAUCAGCAUUCCCAAAUUCUUGCCGAGAUUAUCUUUAAGUGAUCAAAACUCAAACUUCAAAUUUGCAUUCACAAGAAAACCAUCCAAGUUCACUCAGAGCAGGAGUGGAGAGACGUGUUAAAGGAAGUAAAGCAACAACCGUUUAAUUAAUCUAGAUCAAGUCCUGGUAUCUUGAGCUUGAUUUCUCAGAUGUUUGUGUUGCUGCAUUGCACUGUGGGAAACUUUGACCCUGGUCAAGUAUUUUGGCGUCUUAAUGUCGUCUUUCUGGAGCCUUUUGCUGAGAUCAUUGGAAUGAGUGGAAUGUAGAUUGUGUUUUUGAUGCUGCUGCGCUGUUAUCCUUCUCCAUAAAGCCUGCUGAUUUUUUUGUCCAAUUGUGUAACAACAUCUUCAGUUUUAAUGAAACCGUGACGCUUUACCUAUAUGGACUUCUUUCCCUUCCCAUCAGGGUUUGAGCAGCAGAAACAGCCUCCCUACUCCUCAGCCCAGACGGAGCUCUACCUCCUCCUCUUGCUCUGGACUCCCUUCUCUUGACUCCGCUUCAGCACGCUGGGAACGUAACAGCGGCAAGAGACCCCACCCUGACCUCAACCUGGCCAGGUACAUACUCACAAUUAUCACACUCUGUCAUUGUGGCUCAGCUUACGUCUGAAUCAGAUUUAUACUAAGAUCUGAAAAACGUUACAUCCCUCCUUUUUCAGUUCACAUGUAUGCCAUGCUGCAAUAAAUCAUGAUAUAACAUCAUUUCACUGAGUCUAAACAGACUUUCCUACUUAUCAAGUUAACUCUUCUUCUUAGGUUUUAUUUUUACUAACAAAUUUGUUUAAACGUGUCCUUUUUUGACUGUGUGAAUAAUCAAGUAAAGCUUUUGUUAUUUGCCUGUUUUUGUAAACAUGAAACUUCUCCCCCCUCAGGAUUCAUGAGAUCAUUCCUAAAUUUUAAAGUGUGACUAAAAACAGCUGCUCGCAGGGUUGGUUUGCUGGCUUUCUUUUAGCAUAUUACUAUUUGUGUGGCACUUCAAAAAAAAAAAAAACACACACACAGACUGAGAAGUGCAGUGUUAUUUAUCUAACCCACAAAUCCAAACUGACAGACCCAGGGGUCAUCAGCUUGAAAACAGGAAAUGUAAUUAUGGCGUUAUAACGUUAAAUGUAGUCUUUUACAGAUGACAUCAUUGAUAAAGUUAACUCAGUUUUAAUGCAGCCAUAUGUAAUCGAAGUUAUUUAUGCUGACAUCAAAACGGAGCCCUGGAGCAAAAGUAGGAUGAAGGUUUGGAUAUUGUCAGAUGUGUUUUCUCUUUUCAAAGGAAAGUAAAAAGGCGAAUUUUGAAUAAUUAUAUGAUAAGAUAAUUUAAAAACAUACAUUUAGACGUUUCUGUAAAAGUAAACACACCCAUUUGAGGCAUUUUAGUGCAACAAACUUGUAGCAGAAAUGUGGUGUUGUCCCCAUCUAUGUCCACAGGGUGGCAGUAGAAGAUUAGCUAUUUGUGAAUGAGCAGCUUCAAUCAGAUAAUAAUAAUAAUAAUACACAUGAUUUCUGCCCCUACACUACCACUACUACUACUACUACUACUACUACUACUAAUAAUAAUAAUAAUAAUAAUAAUAAUAAUAAUAAUGACUUUAUUUUUUUAGCACUUUUAAAAACAGAAGUUUAACAAAGUGCUUUGACAUACAGUCAUAAAGCACAUGGAAAAAUAAUAAAAUAAUAAUACAAAUAAUGACAAAAAAAAAACAAAAGUUUAGUAAAAAGAGAAUUGAAGGCCAUUUUGAUGUUAUAAGGAACCCAGACGAUACAAAACCAUGCAAGAUAAAAUGAGACCAUGAGGACCAAAAUUAAAACAUAAAAUAGUUAAGAAAAAAGAAAAUGCAAUUAAAAGUGGGGUUGAAAGUGGAAAACAGGAUAGCAGAAAUAAAAGACAAAAUCAAUAAUAAUGAUAAAAUAAUAAGUUUAAUAACAAGUUAUUCUGAUAAUAAUAGUAAUGAUAAAAUAAAGCAACAGAAAUGAGCAAGAGAUAAAAACAAUAAAAGGCCUAAAAGGUCAAUAAAGAAAAGAGUAUAAGUAAAACAAAAGCUAAAAAGACAGUAAAGCCAAAAUAAGAUAGAGGUAAAAGAUCUCAGUCUGACUGAGAUUAAAAAGUGUCUAAAACAACGUAAAGGUUAGAGCAAGAAUACAAAAAUGGCGUGAAGACUUGUUAAAAGUCUAACAAUUCAGGAGAGCUUCUGGCGAUCAGAGCGUAGCGCUUCCAGAUCAUUACCAUAACCUGUUUGUCACAGAGGUGUUUGAUGACAGAGUUUCCAUGUGCUUUGUCCAUAAAACACACAACACCUGACAAAGACAGCUUUUUAAAGUGCUUAUUCUGUUCCUCUGUGUGUGUUUUCUACCUUCAGCCCAGGUCUGUCCAAUGGACCCAAUGCAAACCUGCUCACCAUUCCUAAGCAGAGGUCUUCAUCUGUCACCCUCACCUACCAUGCAGGGCCCAGGAGAGCUGGUGAGACUUCACUAUAAAACUUCCCCAAAGUGUAUUUAAUUUUUUGAUUGAUUGAUUUAUUUUUUCAGAAUUUUGUUAAUUUUGUCUUCACCCUGUGCGCUUCUCUGUCCUCCUCAGGCACGUCCCCCAGCCUGAGCCCGGUCACCUCCCCAAUCCACGGCCCUCUAGCAGUCGGUGCCGGCUCUUCAUCUUCCAUCGUCACACGACCUCCUGUGGAGUUUCCAGACACGGCUGACUUCCUGACAAAGCCGAGCGUCAACCUGAACCUGCACAAACCUCUGAGCUACACCCUCAGCUCGCCAGAUUUCCAGCAGUCUUUCCGUAGCUCCGCCUUUCCUCUGUGCACCAGGUGAGACAACAGUUAAUGUCAGGUUUUUAUCAAAUUUACGACACACUGCUUUUAUUUUUAACUUUUAAUUUUGUUGUCUGUCCGUUCAAGCUGCGGACGUCAGAUGCUCAAGGGGGUUUCAGGCGACAUAGGGGACACUUAUCAACCAUUCUCCAGUGAGGUUCAACGCAGACGCUCAGGUACAUAGCGUCAUAUUUAAGGCACAUGUCAAAGUUUGUUGAAGCGCCGUUCAGUAAAGAGAGACUUUAGGAAGAUAACACUGCCCUCUGGUGGACACAAAUGGUAAGACAAAUUGAUUUAUGUGAAUACAGAUGGAUGAGAAAUUAAGAUUUGAAUCUGUUAUCAACUUAAAAAUAGUGAACUUUGUUUUUUGUUGAUGGAAAUGAAAGAUCAACUGUAACCAUGGGAACCGCUAUUGUAUAAUUCCAGCACCAGGUCAUUGUGAAUACUUCAAAGAUAAACUGAAUAAAUGAAAAUGCAAUGUAAAAACACUAUUUCUGAUUGAUUUAUCUCUAUAAAUUUAGAUUAAAAUCACAUAAAGGUCAUAUGAAAUAUCCAAAAUAUCAUUAUAACCACUUUUCUCCGUGUGUGCAGCAGGUGAAGGGCUGGAUUUCUCUGGCGAGCCCCUGAUCAGGGAAGAGAGUGUGGAGGCAGAUGUGUCUGUGGAUGGGACACCAGAGGCUGCAGGGAACAAGGGGCAGGCAGAGGAGGAGCAGGAAAAGAGCCCCAGCACAGAGCAGCAGACUCAGGAAUCAGAGGUCAGAGGGUUUCUACUUCUGACAUGAUAGCUUUCUUCUUUUUCCGUGUGUGUUUGUGUGUGUGUUGUUCUCCAUUUUUCAGGGCAGCACUCAUUUGUUUAUGUGCAUCAAAGGAAAUACAACCUGUCCAACUUACCGGCACAACUUGUCUGUUUGGGGAAUGUGUUCAGGGUGAGCAGGAGUUCAAACUCGAUCUGAUGCUGCAGGACCAUGAAGCUGUCAUGGAGAAGAUGAACACCUGGAACUUCCAGAUCUUUGACCUGGUGGACAAAACAGGAGGGAAGGCGGGAAGGAUACUCAGCCAUGUUAGUACAACAACCACCAUCCGAUCGUCCCCUGCUGCUCCACAAAUAGCUGUUUUUACCAGGCAGUUGCUUAACUCCUGAUAAUAUCUUCAUAAAAGGUUUUACAAUGAAUAUCAUGAUUGUUCCAGGACUUUUUAUGCUGUUUAAGUGAAUUUUUGUUAAUGUGUACAGAAAAAAGAGACUAUUGAUAACUGAGAGUGCCCCAAGUUUACAACCCUUAUCUCUAAAUUGAAUUGAUCGGAGCUUUUACGCAUUCCUGUAAUAUCCUCCUUUUUUGACUUGAAUAUUUUCUCAGUAUUUCAACAUACAAGAUGUUUUACGUUGCGUAACAAUACGCUUGAAGUUAUUUUCAGUUUACUCUAAUCCUGCUCUUGUUCCCUUGUGUGAGUAAUGGUGGUGGUGGUGGUUAUUUUUUGCUCUGACUGGUGUUUCAGUAAAUGUGGCUUGUGUUUCCUCAGGUGACGUACACCCUUUUCCAGGACACAUGUCUGUUUGAGAUUUUCAAGAUCCCUGUAAGGGAGUUCAUGACAUACUUCUGUGCUCUGGAAAAUGGCUACAGGGACAUUCCCUGUGAGUGGUUAUUUUCACUUUAUGAAUUGAAGUUAAUUAUAAGUAUAUGGUUAAUAGAAAAAAAUGUGACAUAUGAUAUUUGUGGCUAUGCUAAUAUUCAGCUUUAGUUAACCCAAGAAUUAUCUCAAAUUCAAAGUGAGUUUACGUUUAUAUGGUGAAAUCUGUUAAAUUAGUUUUAUGUUUAAAACUCACAGAUCAUAACCGGGUCCAUGCUACUGAUGUGCUCCACGCUGUUUGGUACCUGACCACUCGACCAAUCCCUGGGUUCCAGCAGAUUCACAGUGAGCACGUGACAGGGAGUGACACAGGUAAGGAAACAUUCUUACCGACCAUAUAGAGAGCUAUGAUUCAUGAUGCAGACACACGACAGUGAUGAGUUCAUUCAGAAUGACCUAUAGAUGUGAACCAGAGUCAUACAUGGGAAUUGGUCUGAUCUGGUUUAUCAUUUAGACUUCUGUAGUUAGUUACUCAUUGAAAAUUUUUGUAUCUUAAAGAGGCCAAAUAGAUGUCUAAAUGUAGCCUGGAAUACUUGUCUAAAAUCAGGCUACAACAGGUCCAAAAAUGAAAGUUUUUUUAGAUGUUUAAAUUUAGACUAAGUUUAGACGAGCCGGCUAACAGAGGUCUGACUGUAUACUGCUCAAAGACUAUCAUAAUUAUUUUGGCUAAGUACUUUGAGGUCAGUUCCCAUAUCUUUUUAAAAUAAAUAGUUAUCGAAUAAUGGGUGAAAGUGCAAUGUCUAAAUUCCUUCUCAAAAUGUACAGAAUCUAGAUGGUUGAAAUUAGGUCUAAAAAAACUACACGUCUAAUAGCCGUUUGUUGCUCAGUGGGUAAAGACAUUGAAGCCUGAUAAUCCCAAUGGAUAUAUUGUGUUAUAUUGUUGAAGUGUUCAGAUAAGCAGGUGAACUGAUUUAGGUGUGUUCGGUUUAACUGAACGGUUAGACUGACAAAGAUAUGUAAACCAUUUAACCUGAUUAGUCUGAGGGUUUCAGGCUCAUCUAUGCUAAAAAUAUCUAGUUUUGUUGGAGAGUGCUUUGGACUCACUCACUCACUCACAUCUCUCAGGCAGCCAGAACAGCUGUUUAAUGUUAAGAGAGGUUAUAUAAUUGAUUGAAUUUAUGUACUGUAUAUAUAAACUGCAUUAUGAAGUAGAUCUUGAUAUGUUUCAGACGCUCACAGACAUCUGUCUUGUCUUGUUCCAGACUCGGACAGUGGGAUCUCUCCAGGCAGGAUAUCGUACCUAUCCUCCAAAAGCUCUUCGAUUUCUGACGACAGCUACGGCUGCCUGGCCUGGAACAUCCCCGCCCUCGAGUUGAUGGCCCUUUAUGUAGCAGCUGCAAUGCAUGACUAUGACCACCCUGGUCGCACAAAUGCCUUUCUCGUAGCCACUAAUGCACCUCAGGUAACCUGGAGUGUUUUUUUGCUAAAUGAUGGUGGUGUAGAUUGUCAGGUCAGCAACCGUAUAUUAUCUCUUAAAGAAUCACUGAUUUAUAUAUAUAGUGUGUAUAUAUUUAUAGUAACGUGUGCUGGACUUUGCAUAUUCUGGAUGUUGACAGCGACUUGAUGUGACAUCCAGAUCUGUAGAAUGGUAACCUGCUUUAUUCCCACUACCAUGAGGAGCUUGUUUGUAACAGGUUACAGACUUUGCUCUUUCACAAUCAACAGAUGAAAUGCAAAUACGCUACCACAGAUUCAUUUCGAGGAAAAGCUUGGCAUAAAAACACAACAUCACACGGUCUGAGGCCAAACUCGUGGCACGUUAGAGUCGUGACUGACAGCUGCCUCCUUUACCUGCUGAACUUCACACAGACAGCUUGUUGGCAAUAAUUCUCGUAACUCUUUGAUUUGAGUUUUCUCUUGAUUACACCCAUAAUAUGAUCAAUAAUUCAAUGUUUCAUCUUUUUAAAUGUAUAUUUUAUAAGUUUUUAGUUGAGACAGAAAUCAGAAACAUACACAGGGAGUUAAAGUAGAUUUUUUUGUGUGUCUGUGAUAGGAGACCAGGACAUGUUGAUGUUUUUUUAUUUUAUUUUUGCGAGAAUUUUAGCACAUGUAUACGGAAGAGGAUUAGGGCCACAGGAAGAGAAGAAAAGAAAUAUUUACAGGAAGGAGAUUAAAGACGAAAUUUUAAGAUUAAAGUUGAAAUUUUAACAUUAAAGUCAAAAUUUCGAGAAUAAAAUUUGAAAUUAUGUCAAUAAAAUUGAAAUUUUGAGAUUAAAAAGAUUAACAUUUUGAGAUUAAAGUCGACAUAAAUAAAUACGAAUUUUUGUGAAAUAAAUCAAAAUUUAGAGAUUAAGGUCGAAAUUACGAGAUUGAUGUCGACUUAAAUAAAGACGAAAUUUCAUGAAGUCGUAAUGUUGAGAUUAUUGAUAAUGAAUAAACAGCAAUGUCGCUCAUCACUUGACAACAUGUCCUCUGUAGAAGAGUUUAUAAAGCUUUACUUUAGAAUUGGAUUCAGUAAUAAGGAAAUCCUUUCUCUUUUAGCGCACAAACACAGUGUGGUUACACGUGAUGGUUACACCUGCGUGCUGUACAGCGAGGCUAUGUUGUAUCGCAAGAUUCAAUAAGACAACCGAUCGAGUUGAUUGAUCCUGAAGGCGUGACGCACAGAUAAGCCUGGCGUCUGAGGUGCAGUUAUCGGAGCUAAGGACCCAAUGCGCUCUGGCACAUGGACGGCUUCGACAAUUAAUCUUCAAAUUCCAACUUUAAACUUGACCUGGAAAUUAAAAAAAUCUCCCCUCUGUAAUUAUUUUUUUCUCUUCUUGUUGCCCUAAUCCUCUUUCGAACAUGUAAAUAUAUUUGAAAGCUUCUUAUUCUCUAGUUUUUUAGGCUUCAGUAAAGUGCAGAAGCUGCAUCAGAGCUGCACAGCUCAGGUGUGCAGAGUGGCCUCUGGUGUAGAUGUGUUUUGCCUCACUUCCCCUCAAGGAAAAUAAACCGACAUUGAUCAAUCGCCACGCAAAACUGGCUGGCUGUAUAUGUUGUGCCGAUUUUUGAAUUUUUUUUUUCAACUUUGCCCCCUCACAUUAUAUUUGCAGAGCUAAAAACAGUUCACUGUCCUCAUGCCGUAUGGGAAUCCUACAGAAACCCUAUAGCUGCAGAUUUGACUGUCAAUCUUUAACUUCACAGUCAACAUUUUCCUUACAUGACUUUUCCCAACAUGCGUCAUAUCUUUAAGCAAAACCACACAAUACAUAUUGCUUUUUAGAUAACAGGAAGCCUUUUUGGAUGUAUGGUAUCUGCUUAUAAAGGUGCUCUUAUUUUUGAUGUCAAGAUUAUUUAUCCUGUUUUUAUUAUAAUAAUAAUUCAUCUCCUCACAUGGUCUUACAUGGGGAUCAUCUAGAAUAUUAAAUUCUUAAAUUAUGAGCAGUUUUUUUCUAUUGUGCUCUGUCUCCAUGGUCAGCCAUGGAAGGGAGGUGAAAAGGUUAACUGUUCGCCCCAGUUUAAAUAUUGUAUUUUCACAACACGACCAGCAAUAGCACUCACACUGUCUGGGUUUUGUCCCAUUCCCAGGAAAUUGGGUUAAAAGAAAGGAGAGGGAACCCUGAACCUAUUGAUUGAUAAUGAUGCUGUCAACCGCCAUGUCUGUGAAGAGGGUCUUUUAAGCCUUUCUUAGUAUCCAAUAUGGCCGUGUAGCUGCAUUUAACCUUUUUCCUUUCUUAACCCUCUGCUGAGCCUGUUACGUUUUAUUUUCAUAAACAAAAACCCUCAUGUCCUUCUCAUCUCAUUUACUUCUCCUGAUCACUCUUUCUCUCUCUUUUUUUUUUUAACACAUCAGGCAAUACUUUACAACGACAGGUCAGUGCUGGAGAACCACCACGCCGCAUCCGCCUGGAGCCUCUACCUGUCCCGACCUGAGUUCAACUUCCUGGUCAACCUCGACCAUGUGGAGUUCAAGCGUUUUCGCUUCCUCGUCAUCGAGGCCAUACUAGCCACAGACCUCAAGAAGCACUUUGACUUCCUGGCUGAGUUCAAUGCUAAGGUCUGACAUGUAGCGGUCUUAACACACCGCUGAAGUAUAUGACCAGAAUAGACCCUAAUCCAUUUAUUGACUAUUUUAUUUCUUGCAGUUUUUGCUCGGCGUAUAGGAUGCAGGGCAAACCAGUCGGUCUGUUUUAUGAGGUUCCUGUCUGUGUUUUUUUUCACAGGUGAAUGAUGUGAACAGUCCAGGAAUUGAUUGGACCAAUGAGAAUGACAGACUGCUGGUGUGCCAAGUCUGUAUCAAGCUGGCAGACAUCAACGGACCCGCCAAAGUCCGUGACCUGCACCUCAAGUGGACAGAAGGCAUUGUCAAUGAGUUUUAUGAGCAGGUACAGACUGUAGGCUAAUUCUGAUGAGCGUGUUCAUUUAAGAUAGGUCUAUUCGACUUCAGUAAGACUUCAGCAAAAAUCACAAAUGAACGAAAAAAAAUACAAUCACUUAAAAGAAAAAAGACACAAAAGUAGUAAAACAAUAUCCAGAUAUUUAUGACUUUGAAAACGAUCUCUUAAUGUCCAAAAUCUGUUUCUUUCCUGUGGUUGUGAUGUGUCCGUGAGAUCUAAUUCACUUAAAUAUUCCGGUUUCCGAUGUGUAGGGUGAUGAGGAGGCUCGGUUGGGAUUACCCAUCAGCCCUUUCAUGGACCGCUCGUCACCACAGCUAGCGAAGCUUCAGGAGUCCUUCAUCACUCACAUCGUAGGACCUCUUUGUCACUCGUACGACGCUGCUGGCCUUCUUCCUGGCCAUUGGAUUAAGGAGGAGGGUUCAGAUGAAGACGAAGAGGAAGAGGGACAGGUGGACUCAGACGACUCAGAUGAAGAUGAAGACGAAGAUGAAGAAGAUGAGCUGGAAGACGAGCUGGCACCAAGUAAGAAAGCAAUUUCAAAAAAAUGGGCAAUGAGUUAGCACCAUAGACUGGAUGUAGCUUCAGUUACGUUUCUCUAGUGGAGUUAUGAAGCCUGUUAGCGGUGGCUGUUGAUGCGUUUAUUUUUGCUCUUAAACCUUAAAGGGAUACUCUAACGUAAAAUUAAGUUAGGGUCAAACACACCGUAACACAGAGUUAGACACCCCCUCGAGAGAUGAAUGUUGCCGACUGUUUGCUUCUUUAGUUAUACCAACUUUUGUAACGACCGCAUGAUAGCAAUACACAGUGGUGUACAUCUCCACGCGCAAACCUCAACUAAAACGCCACUCUAUGACCGCAAAUAAUACUCAGAACAGCACCUAACUUCAUCAACAGGACAUAUAGGGUCCCAGCCAUAGCACAAGCCAUCAAAAGUCUCUUUAGCAACUCACCCACUCUCCUACAGCAGCCCCUUUGUUUGUGGGGGAGCCCUGACGAGUCAAUCACCAAGUGCAGCAGAUCAUUCCCAUAAAGUAUUAAUCACUAUAUUAAUCAUUUUGCACUGCAGACGCAGUAGUUCUUCUACCUUAGCAUCUCAAUCUGAUUGUAUUUCCAUGAAGAAAUGAUCAUAAAUGUUCUUCCUUGAGCUGCGAAACUCCGCUGCACUCGGUUAUCGCCUCGUCAGGGCCACAAACAAACUCCUGGAAUAGAGUGGGUGAGUUGUGUUUAGUCUCUUUGCUAAAGAAAUCAGGCAAAGUUAAAAAGAUGUUUGGUGGCUAGUACUAUGGCUGGGACCCUUUAUGUACUGUUGAUGAAGUCAGGUGCUGUUCUCAGCAUUAUUUGUGGAUAUAGAGUGGCGUUUUGGUUGAGGUUUGCGUGUGGAGAUGUAGACUGCUGUGUAGAGGAGCAAGCGGUCGGCAACAUUCACGGUGUGUUUGACCCUAACUUAAAUUUAUGUUGGAAUAUCCCUUUAAGUCUGAAUUGGUUUUGGGAAGGUAAGUUCACAUUUCAUCAUACCCAGAUUUUCUUAAAGCUUUCUUUAUGUCUCCCCUUGACAGAAAGGAGAAAGAAGCGCCGCAGGUUGUUCUGCAGCAUCAUGCAGCACCUGACUGAGAACCACAAAGUGUGGAAGAAGGUCAUCGAAGAGGAGGAGAAGAGCAGCAAAGAGCUCGGUAAACAGCAGCAGCCUGACAGCCUGCCAGUCAGCCUGCCCACUUCCCCAUCAGAUGACAUCCAGGUGAUCCAGGAGGAGGAGGAGGGGGAGGAGCGACAGUAGCAGGAGGACAAACGAGAGAGCAGAGAUGUGUGGAAAAGAUGAAGAGAGGCAGUCAAAGGACCAAUGAGAGUCCCGCGUCCACCUGCCUUUCAAAAACAAGAACACAGACAUGAUUCAUACAGUAGAUAAAUGCACAUAAAACAUACUUCAGUCCCUCUUUCUAUCACACACACACUCACACACACACACUCACACACACACAACCACUGAAAGAUUCACUGUGCAGACACUCAGAUGCUUUCGCAGUCACAUUGUUUUUUUGGAGAAACAAAAAGGCCUUACUACUGUGAGCGGAUCCUUGCUGCAUCAGUGGGAGCCCAACUCCUAUGCACUUUCACCCCGUGGAGAACCAAGUGCACACAGUCAAAAGAGAAAACAGACGCACCAGAACUGAGAAGCAAAGGUGCAGGGACAGGAGUGUGAACGGGGGUCCGACGUUAACGCGCCCUCCUGGCUGUGAUGCUGCCUUGAAUGCAAAGCGCUUACACCUCCCUAAAAGGUACAAAACGAUUCCUGUCUAUUUAAAAAAUGAGAGGUAAAGGAAAAAUAAUGAAGCGACAUGAAGUGAUUGAUACCCUUUACCAAAGUGAACAGUUCAAUCAUGGAAAGACUAGAGACUGAGACUGUUUCAGCCUCAAUGUCAGGUAUAUUUUUGGAUGAUAUAUACACAUAAAUAUAUAUAUAUAUAUCAAAUGUGCCUGUCUGAACUUUUACUAAGUCUAUAUCGGCCCAGCGCCUAGGCUUGUGUAGUUCUCUCUCCUUGCUGGUGACACGAAACACUGUAUAAGACUCAGUCACAGAGACAUUAUUGAAAUGUUGACUGAUUAACAGCAUUAUAUUGCAUCAUUUUUGAUGCUUUUACUCAUGUGUACCACCCUUUUUCUUUCCCUUUUUUCCUUUAACUCUCCUCCUCUCUUCAUUUUGUCUGAGUGCGUGAAAAAACUUUUUGAACGGAAAUGUGACGGAGAGAAUGAGCCGAGAGAAAGAGAGCACAUUUUUAAUUGUUUUAGUAUGUAAUUUGUAUGUUUGUAUGUUUGUGUGUCCCUCUCAGUAAUGGUUGGCUUCUAAAUCAGCAAAAUGUCCUCUGGUGUGUAACAUGUUGCAUUCAAGAUCAGGAGUGCCGUUCCGAUGAAUGGAUUCUUCAUCUUUCCUUAUUUUGAUUCAAAGUAUUUUUUUAAAGGUUACUCAGGAUUCACACAAAGUUGGAUAAUUCAUUUUUUUGCAAGAUUUUAUGUCAAUAUGAAACACACUUCAAAACGAAAGAAAUUAAAAAUCUGGGUUGCUGAAGUAGUUUGUAAUCUCUACACGAACAACAAAUUGAAGCGGAUGAAAUCCUUUUGUGAGAGGAGAGCAUACAGUAUGUGCCGUCUCGUGGCCAUUCAGACACUGUUUGCAUAACCUUUUUACAACCUCACUGGAGAAAAGCUUCUAUUGAUUGUCAGCAGACUGCAAACGUUUCUCCUGCAGCCACUCAUUGGACACGUUUGCAGUUCUAUAACAGUACAUUAAGUAACUCCUUUUUUUUUAAAACAAACAGCUCAAUGUCUAUUCUGUGUUGCAAACAGAAGACUAACACGGAUUUUUCGACGUAUUUAAAGCUCACCCGACAUUUCUUUCACUUCAUUUAUUUUGGUUUUGCCAAACCCAUAACUCGGCCAGUGUGUAAAGAAGGGAUCCAGGGUUUCAUUUCACUUUGGUUUUGUUGAUAUAUUAUGUCAUGCCACGAGGCAGGUAUAAAAACUACUACUUCUAUUUUUGUUUCUAAGAACUCUUGGCAUUCCACUAGAAAAAAAAAGAUGUUUUAUUAAAGGGAAGGCAGAGUCGUUGCUGAGCUCCGUAAGCAACUUAUCGGAUAAGUAUCUCUAGAAUAUAUAAGCAGUGUAAAUCAAGGGAGUAAUACUUAAAAAUGACAAAAAAUAUAUAGAGAUAACAGAUGUGCACAUUUUAAUACCAAACAAGUGUUUAGCCGCUGUACAAAAGAGUAUGUGCAUAUAAAUAUAUAUUUUUUAAAUAAUCAAAUGAAUGCAUCUGUUUUCUACACGCAGCUGACAUAUUGUACAUUGAGAUCCUGUAAUUACCAUUGUGUUUCCAGAGUUUUUAUCUACUUCUCUUUACAGGUGUAGAACUGUGGGGUUUGGUGUUUUGAUUUUGAUUUUUUCACUUGGUUUCAGUGUCUCCUUGUUCUGUAUCAUAACCACUCUUGUAUCCUUCAUCCUCGUUAUCACCGCUGUCUCAGUUGAACCCGACUAGUGCCAAACUUUACCUACAUACAGUAGUCUGUGGGCUGUGAUAUGCUGAUUGGCGUAACUCUCUCUGGGCUCCAGUACUGUUCAUGCAAGAAAAACUCUUGGGUGGGUGGGUGGGUGGGGAUGUUCUACAAGGCUCUAAGCGUCAGCAGCAGCAGCGGUGUUGACAGUCUGCGUUGGACUCAGGUCAGAGCCAUACACAUCCUGACAGAUCUGUCGUCAGUUUUUUCACAUGGACCCACCCACGCUGGAUUAUAAAGUCUUGGUAGCUCCCGACCCGACAUACUCUGACUCAUUAAGUUGUAAAAGUCUGUUGGCUUCUCACUGUGCUGUCUUUCAAACCACAGUGUCCUCUGAUGAUUGUGCCAUAAACACAUCUAUGAAUGGUUGUUUCCCUCAUGUAGCAUCAAUAUAUGUACGAUUGUCUGAUGUAACCAUUCACCCUUAUCUACAUUGUGGGGGCAACUGAUUUUUUGUUGUUAUUUAUAGCUGUCAUAAAACACCAUCCCUAAAGUAUCACAAGUUGUGAUUGAUUUUUAUUGGCGUGUCUGUCUGUGUGAACUCACGGUAUACUCCUCACAACACUUCAGGUUUAUUUUCUUCCUCAGCGGCCCGACUAUACAGAAAAACAACCUUUAAACACAGCUACUGCACACCUUUACAAGAGUUUUACAAGUCUGAUAAGAUUAUAUUAUGAAGUGAAUGAUUGAGAUCGCUUGUCUCUGCUGCUAGGGUCCCAUAGCCUGCCUAAGUCCUGCACCCUACCUGAAGUAACCAGGGGUGGUGAUGUGUUGGUCAUGAACGAACCGGUUCAAAGAGCCGGCUCCCGUCUUUGCCAUUUUUUUUUCUUUUUCUCUCUCUUUCUUUCCCCUCACAGAUGGUAGAAAAAAACUACAAGGCAGAAUGACAGGACUGCUUCGUGUAGCAGAGUGCAUUCAUUGGGUUGUUUCAGAGAGUUACAAGGGUCUGUUAAUGCAAUGAAAACAAUCGGCUACAGCAAUACUACUUGUGAAUACUUCAGUACAAAGGAUGUUUUGAAGUAUUUAAGAGGUGCGUAUACACGUACGUACUCAGAAGCCAAACAACGCUAAAUUUGGCUGAAUUAGAAAAUGUAUAAGUGGUCAAAUGACGAGCCGUUUUGGAGCCGAAAGAGCCGGCUCUUCUUGGUGAGCUGAGACGAAUGAUCUGGGUCACUAAAAAGAGCUGUAAUUCCCAUCACUAACCAGGGGUCCAACCAGUGGGGAUUGAAAACACGGCUGGGUGUCUGGAGUAUUUAAACCUGCAGAGAUACAUUUGUUUUUAUGAAAACCUAAAUCUUUGUGCAAUGUGACCCAAUUGCUUAUCAUAAUAAACCCACAGAGAUCCUUCCUACUUAACAGUGAAACUCAAUGCAGGCACAUACAGUGCGCAGCAUAAAUCAGUACACCCCCUAUUAAAAGUAAUGUAUUACUUAAUAUCUAGAUGAGCAAAAGUACAAUUUCUAAAGUUUUGACAAAGCUGAGUUUAACGUAACAUUUUAUUUACCGUAAGAUGAAAAUAAAGGUGAUAUAGUGUCUAAAAUUUAGCUUUGCUUCCAGAACUUUGAUCGGGGUGUACUCAUUUUUGCAUCCUGAUUUUAAAUUAUGCAACUUAAAAAAUCUUGUUUGCAAUCAACGGCCUACAUUUGGGGGAAUAUUGUGUUGUAAAGUCUGACAUAGAAAAUGUUGAUUUUAAAAGGAAACUAAAGGUUUUCUGACAACUCUGAAGGGUCGUACUCAUUUAUGCUGAGCACUGUAGCUUCUUACAGCUAAUCGUUUUGGUUUCUCGGCCUUCAGUUUCACAAUCUUCUUCACAAAUUUAACACAUUUUUUUAAAUAUGGCCUUGAUUUGAGGUAAUACUGUGCGUUCAUUUACCCAACUGCCCAGAAAAUAACAAUAAACGAACUAAGAAGAAGUUUUAUACAUACAGUGUUGUGUUUGCCUCAGCAUAAAUCUGUAUAAUCAGUAAUUUAUAAAACUCCCAAUUAACCGAUAUUAGAGAAAAGGGGCAGAAGUUGACUGAGAACUAGAGUGAAACUUCACUGCUUUCACUUUGAUGAACGUUUUACAGAUUUUAAAACUUUUUUUUUUUAUGCAGAGGGUUUUUUCUGAAAGUGAUUGAGAUAGCCAGAGUCUUACUAUGUUGGAGACAAAAAAAAAAGAACUAUUUUUUUGCACCACCAUUCAGAGUUGAGUCAAAGCCCUUCAGUCGCAGCUAAAAAAAGACAAGAUGAGAUUUCAAUUUAGUAAGAAAGACUUUAUGAAUAGACAAAAAAAAGUUAUUUCACCAGUAUUUUAAAAAAAGGACAAACAAACGUUAACCUCAAACACAAAUGUAGUACUUUGUUAGUACUGAUAAGCACCAUUUAGCAGAAACCCGUGUUGCAAAGUCAGUUUCUAGAAAUCAAGGAGGGGUUACAUUUGCCUUCCAAGAGAAAGAUUUUUUCCAUCAAACACUAUCCCUGGAGAAGAGGUCAGUCACUCGAGAUGACGUAAUUCUUGGCCCGUGUCCAGGUCCAAUACACAGUGUUCAGGACUUUCUUGGAAAGUCUGUUAGUCCCAUUUCGCCCCACAUGUAUGAAUCUGUGGUGUCAUCUGUCUGACCUGAAGCUGUCCUGAGAAGGCAGGGCUAUGAACCAUCAUGGGUGUACUUACUAUCAAUCAUUGACAUAUCUCUAAGUCAUCGCUACCGCACCGAGGUUCAUAGACUUUGCGUUUUCUGGGCUCAGUGCAACUCUGAGAACUGAAUCAAUAGCACGCUCUUACUCCCAGGAUGCCCUUGCAGCACACAGUCGUGUCACAUCUCCUGAUGCUUAAAAGUAUUGUGCAAAAAAAGCAUUUUAUCCUCAGAAAGAGAAUUUGACACUAACUGAAUAAAUGGAUCUCAUGUUCAUAUGCAAAGAGCUACUUUUCCCACUUUGGAAAAACCUGUAGCGCACCAGAACUAGAUACUGCAGUCCAGAGUUAUACAGUCUUGUGCACCAGUAUCAUGUGGUUGCAUUGCUGUGCAAAAUGUUUCAAUUCUUCCUUGAAAAAGCUGAACAAGCUGUAAUAAGUUCCUGCUUGUUAUAUGUGGUAAGGAGUGUGCUCAGAGCAGGGACUUUUCUGCUGUCUGCGGAUGGCACAGAUGGAGUAAGGUUUAGGCUGCAGGGUCAUUCCAAGUUUGGGAGUGACGGUGGGAACGGUUCCUGGAGGGAACUGAAGAUGAAACCUCUGCAGUAAAGUGGUGAAAAAGAGGAACAUCUCCAUCCUGGCCAGCUGUUCACCCAGGCAGUGGCGCCUCCCUGAAAAAUUACACAAUGCUUUGAAUUAUACUCACGAGCACAUUCACACAACAAUGGAGAACAUCUAGCCAAUAUAAUCAAUGCAAUACAGACAUUUGCUUUUUGCCUGUGAACUUUUGAUUUUUAGAUUUUUUACUAAUAUAGAUGAUUAGCUUUAACAAAUUUUGAUUGCAAAAAAGAGCAAAAGACAAAUCAGUGCCCAAACAUCCUUAAAGUCAUCCCUUGCUCAGGCACUGCAUUUCCUGUGAGAAGAUGUUACGCUAUCACAGGCCCAAUAAUGUGAAUACAGAGCGAUUUAAGAGAUACGCAAAGACGAGACGUACCCAUGGAGAACGGCAGGAAGGCUUCACGCCUCACGAAGUUGCCAUUGCUGUCCAGGAACCUCUGUGGUGAGAAGACGCCUGGAUCCAUCCAGUACUUCUCAUCGAAAUGCACCGAGUAGAGGUUCGUGAUCACCAUGGUGCCUUUGGGAAUCGUGUAUCCAUUAACUUUUGCAUCUUGGGAAGUGGCGCGGAAAAUACCAAGCGGGACGAUGUUGCAGAAGCGAAGGACCUCGUGAAGAACUGCCUCCACGUAGGGCAUCUUCUG